GUGGGCGGGGAGGGGAUCGGCUCCCAGCUGCAGGCGUCUGGCUGCGAGCUUAGGUUUCGGACCAUAGUGGGAACAGCGGCGGCAGAGGGAGAUCCUUCGAGUGCGCGGGGAGAAUCGAGGCCGUUUUUGUGAUGCGCCCAGGGGGAGAGGUAGUAAGAGGCAUCUUCUCGUGCGAAUUCAUUCUCUCUCGUCUUCCCCUUCCUUUUGGUGCGUUGCUGAUUCCCUUUCUAUCCAGAGCGUUUUACCACCCAUCCCGCUCUGUCGGAAUCCCCUCGACAUAGUCAGAAAGUUCUAUUCUCCUGGCUUUGCUUUAUUAAAUCAGGAUUUUACUGUACUUGUUAUUCAUCUAGAAAAACGAACGUAAGUAUUCCUCAGACGCCCCUCUCCAACGCUGCAAGUCUUGUGCAUCUUUAUUAUAAUACACUGUAUACACCUUUCACCCUAACGUCCCAGGGGCAGGCACGUUAUAAAAUUACAGUACCUGGUACAGGAAGCCGCACUGAACUUUUAGGAUUUACUUCUGAGUAGGCAGAAGUAACCUAAGGAAGGUUUUAUCACAGCCGCAUGAGGUAAACCUGUGCAUCGCUCAGAAUGAUUGAUUCUGUUUUUGUCUUUCAGUUUUGUAUCUUCGAAAUAGACCAGGACAGGUAUCGGUGUGGGUUUGCAAGCUAGGUUGGUGUCCUUCUAUUUGUUGAACUUUAUGGGAAGUUAGAACAGUUUUGGGGAAAGUAGAAUAAAGCCUCAUGUGAUCUUUGUAAUUAUGGACGCAGGGCAGAGCUGUAUGGAGUUUGUAAGCUGCAGUUCAACGUUUGCAUUUCAUUAGGAUGGCCAAUCUUUUUGGCGAAUGCGUGGUAAGUCAAAUCUAAAGUAUGAGCACAAGUGUCCCAUACUACGUGCCUUGUGUGGCUUUGCCUGUCCUAUUUGAGCUGCAGAAUACCGUAUUUUUUGCUCUAUAAGACUCACUUUUUCCCUCCUAAAAAGUAAGGGGAAAUGUGUGUGCGUCUUAUGGAGCGAAUGCAGGCUGCGCAGCUAUCCCAGAAGCCAGAACAGCAAGAGGGAUUGCUGCUUUCACUGUGCAGUGAUCCCUCUUGCUGUUCUGGCUUCUGAGAUUCAGAAUAUUUUUUUCUUGUUUUCCUCCUCCAAAAACUAGGUGCGUCUUGUGGUCUGGUGCGUUUUAUAGAGCGAAAAAUACGGUAGGUAGCAGCACAGUUUAGGAAUGAAAGGCAGGAGAAUUGAUUGACUCUUAUCCUGUGGGCAGGCCUGCAGGCUUUCCUGCACUUGUCAAGGUGUGCCGCAAAUCCCCACUGCCUAUAUGCCACAGGUUCUCCAUCCGGUUAUUGGGGCUUUAACAUUUGCAUUCAGUAUUAAGGGUUCUGUCUUUGGGAAAGUUCAGCCUGUGGCCUCAUGGCACAAGCAAGCUGGAUUUUCUUGUUUUGCCCCUAUUGAACAUAGUGGAGUAAAGAGAGGGAAUUAAAUUUUUAGACAGAAUUCUGAACAUUUGUAUAGUACUUCCAUACAUUUAAAGAGCUUCCCAUGCAUUAUCUUGUUGCAGUCCCUUAGAACUAGCAGUUAGUGUUAUUGGUCCCCAUAUUGCAUGGGUGGAGGAGAUAAAGAAUGAGAAAGAGUGUGUGGCUUGCUUUUAGAUCAGCAGGUGAAUUCAUUGCAGAGGCAAAAUUUGAACCAAGGAAUUCCUGACUUGUAGAUCAUUCUCUGCUGUGAACACACCAUAUGAUUUCCCCCAAAGAAUCUUGGGAACUGUAGUUUGUUAGGGUUGCUGCAAAUUGUAGCUUUGUGAGUGAUAAACUAGUUCCCAGGAUUCUUUGGGGGAAGUCAUGCGCUUUAAACGUAUUGAGCCUGGUGGUCUUAUGAUUUUUGUUGUCUGGGGGGAGGGGUUUGGUAAUGGAUUAGCUUUGAUGUUAAUUUGUACUUUUAAUAGAGAUGGUUAUAUAUAUAUAAUUACUAUUAAUUGACCUGUGUUUUGGAUUGUAAAUUACCUUGAGUUACUUUGAUGAUUAGGCAGGGAACUAUAAAAUAUUUAUUUUGUUAAAAAAAAAAAAAAAACCAGUACCCAGGAAGCCAUUUAGAGUUCCCUAGCUACAAACUAAAGAUUUCCUUUGUGCCUUUAAAUCUCCUGGGAGAUGAGGCAGUUUCGGCUUCUCCCACCUGUUUUUCAUGUGGGCACUAUCUAUCUACUGCCCUUUUCUACCUGUUGCAUUGUAGCCUAGAGACCUGUUUGCUACAGCAACCUUAACUAGAACACACUAGCAAAAUGGCAGCAAUCAGCAUUGUAUGUGAGUAUUUAGCUUGUGGGAUUCUUGUAGCAAAAAUAACAAUAAAACUAGAUGCUUAACUCAAUAAGCUGAGUGUCAGUAAAGCAUGUAGGAUCAUGCCCUGUUCUAAUGCUGAGUGAAUAAUUAUGCGUCAGACCAUGCUGCCCUGCACAAUAUAAUUAGGCUUCCCAUUUUCUGAGUUGAUUUUGUCAGAUCAUGUGAAAAGGGUUUUGAUUUUGUUGUAUCUUCCCCACUCCCAGCCCCAAUGAAAGAAUCAUAAUCAGAUUAACACAUGGCUGAUGACAGCAUAGAGACCUGAAGUGCCAUGUUUGUGCCACGGCUUGUUUAAAGUGGAAGGGUUAAUAAGACUCACUAUGACAUUGAGUUAGGCCUGCAUUUCUACUUGGUAUACUGGCCUGGUUUUCACAAAAUUCUAAACCAUGAUUUAGUGCGUAAACCACCAGCCCUCUGAUUAACAGCCAGACACACAGAUCCAUUGUGCCACAAGAAGUAUCCCCUGAAUGAAGUAUCCCCUGUCUUCCUCCUGUGCAGUUGGUUUGCAGGAGGUAAUGUCAUUGAUCAUAUUUUUCCCUUUCUUAAAACACUCUGGGUUCAGUGUUUUGCUUUUAAAGUCUCAGGUCACUCACUAUACUGUAGUCCUAUUGAAAUAAACAGGUGUUAACUAUGCUUACGUAGUGAUUUAUCUGCUAAGGUCUAAUUAAUUAUGUACCUCAUAACGUUCAAACACAAGACUGGAGUUUUCUUUUUGUUUUGUUUUACUAUCUAUUAUAUGUUUGUGUUCUUUUUCCCCCUUUAAAAAAAAAAUAUUGAUUUUUCCCCCACUAACAACAAUCCAAUAUAAGCCACAUUAAUACAAUACCAAAUCUUAAUACAAUCAAAAGAGCCAAUUAUCCAAUUCCAAAUUAAACAUUUUGGGUGACUUCCCAUUUUCUGUUUCUCAGGAGAUGAUGAUGUUACUUCGUCCUGUUCCAAUCCAAAUAAAACAGUUCUGAUCUUAAUCCUUUAUUUUAACAGCCACUGAUGUGAUGAUUCAGUUCUUGUUGCACCACAGCCUCACGCCAUCUUGCUUUUCCAAACUGAAAGAGAUCUUGUGUCUGUCUAUAGCUCCGGGCAGACUUUCAGCAUUUUCUUCUUUGAUUUCUUUCCCAUCUGUUAAUAAGCUGGUGUCUCGCCAGAGCCAUAAUAAAUCAAAGUUAGAGUCCUCUUUAGAGGGUAAUGCCACAAAUCAUUCCGAUGUUUUCACACAGUUCCAUUCCUUCAAUCAAUCCGUAAAUAUUAUGAAGUUCUUGUUAAUUUCCUCUUGCAUUCCAUAAAUAAUUGCAUUCCAUUAAUAAUUGCAUUCCAUUAGUAGUUAAUUUUUUCUUCGAUGAAGGUUUGCUGAAUCAUAAAGUAGCAUAUAUAAUGUAACGAGAGAACAAAGGCUCCCCUCCACCUACAUACCAAUCCAGUUAUGGCGAAACUCCUCUCCAGAUCAAAACCUUGACACUCAGUGGCUGAUUCAUUUAGCAGGUUAUCUUGUCUCCUUUGUCCAGAACACACCUGUUUCUUAAGUCCAAAUUCAGAUCCAUCUUACAAAACAGAAGUACCUCCGCUCAUGGUGGCUGCGUUGAAGAGUUUCCAUUAUGUGCAGUGCUAUUCACUCAGUGUCCCGUCCCCCCCACAUUCCAUCAGCACGAGAGGCAGGUUUCGGACAACCUGCGAGUGAAAGCUCACCCCCCAACCCUGGGGAGGGCUUGCAAGGAUUAUCCUUAUUAUUAAAUUAUCCUUAAUUUGCUGCAUGGCCGGUAUCCGCUAGCGUGGGAUGCGCUGUUUACCAUGGCAGUGAGCGCCGGAAGUCCAUGUUUGUCUUUCUUCAAAACUGUACUAUUACAGCUCUGAUUGAUAGUCCUUUUACUGGUGGGGCUUCAGGAGUUGGUAGGCACGCUCUCUAUUUCAGUGCUCUUGUUUUUUUAAAAGCUGUAAAUUCAGCUAUAAGCAAGGUAUUUUCUUGGGCUGUCUGUGGGACACCUAGUAUGAGCAGAUUGUUGAUUUUUUUUAAAAUCUAAGAAAGACUACUUACACAUAAAAAAGAGGACGCUCGAUUCCAUAAUAGGAAGCAAAAAGAGGCCACAUAUUUACAUAUGCCAAUUUAUUUUUGUAUAUAUACUAAUCUGUGAAUAAUUACUAUAAUUUCAAUGGAAACCCAGUACAUUGGUACCUCGGGUUACAUACGCUUCAGGUUACAUACGCUUCAGGUUACAGACUCGGCUAACCCAGAAAUAGUGCUUCAGGUUAAAAACUUUGCUUCAGGAUGAGAACAGAAAUUGUGCAGCGGUGGUGCAGCGGCAGCAAGAGGCCCCAUUAGCUAAAGUGGUGCUUCAGGUUAAGAACAGUUUCAGGUUAAGUACGGACCUCCCGAACGAAUUAAGUACUUAACCCGAGGUACCAUUGUACAUCUCACUGUCAUGAGGAAGACGGUGGCCAGGUGACCUGUUUGCCUAUGGUGUUAAUAGACAAGGCUGUUGAUCUCCCUUAUUAGACUGGACUUCAAAUAGAAAAACCAUUCAAAUAGAGGACAGUCCUCUGGCAGCUGUCUUCUGUAAGGUGGGACACAUAUUCCUUCCCCAUAAAAGGUAAAGGUACCCCUGCCCGUACGGGCCAGUCUUGCCAGACUCUAGGGUCAUCUCACUCUAUAGGCCGGGAGCCAGCGCUGUCCGCAGACACUUCCGGGUCACGUGGCCAGCGUGACAAGCUGCAUCUGGCGAGCCAGCGCAGCACACGGAACGCCGUUUACCUUCUCGCUGGUAAGCGGUCCCUAUUUAUCUACUUGCACCCGGAGGUGCUUUCGAACUGCUAGGUUGGCAGGCGCUGGGACCGAACGACGGGAGCGCACCCCGCCGCGGGGAUUCAAACCGCCGACCAUGCGAUCGGCAAGUCCUAGGCGCUGAGGUUUUACCCACAGCGCCACCCACGUCCCUUUAUAUUCCUUCCCCAUAUAUUCCACUAAUUUAAUCGUCUUCACGGUGAUCCCCGCAGUGCACAUUCUCCUCUGUUUUCCUCAGAAAAUCAGCUUGCUCUUCUUAGUUGUCUGUGUAAGGAGACAAGGCCUCUGUCCUCCUUGAUACAUUUCAUUAUCAAGGUAAGGCUGUGGAAGGGGGUCUUCGAGUCGGAGAUUAAGCGUGAGGCUGAUUGAGGAUCUCGGGAGUCUGAAGUUAACGGUUCUGGGGAAAGAGGAAACGUUCUGAAUCUGACUUCCUACAGACUUCAGGUUCCCUAGGGUCGGUGGUCUGAGCCUAGUAACAAUAUUUUUAGGGUCCAGAAGGGAGGGACUGGCAGUUGUACACGUGUGUGUGUGUGUGUGGCUGAGAGGAGCAGGCAAGUGUGGGAGCCAUGGAAUUCUGGAGCAGCCAUCUUGUGGGUCACAUGACUCUCUUUCCAUCUCUUCUAGAAUUUGAGAACAGUGGGAGUUAGUUUAUAGUUCUGAAGAGGAAGUCCCUGAGCUUAAGGAAGGCGGUUGCAGCUCAGGGGCGGCCCAAGUUUCUGUGCCAAAGGAAAUCCUGCCAAUAUCUUCCAAUGGUUGAGAGCCACAAGGCACAGCCUCACUGCUGUUUCUCCUUCUGCAACGAUCCCCAUACAGUACCUUCCCUAGUUAUAUCUUCUCUGUCGACGGACCUGGCUGUCAACACUGCUUCCUUAUUCCCCCUAUGAUUCCCACCCCCUUCCUUUGCCAGGGCCUUGCUUCCUCUUCUCCUCUUUCUCAACUUCUGCCAGGCAUAAAACUAUUCCUUUCUCUCUGCUUUCCAGCGAUAUUACUGCUUCCUCCUGAGCCUUAAGCCCUACCCCAUGCUCCCGGGAUCCAUUUGGCCACUGUGUGGCUAGGGAAAGGGAUGAGAGAAGGAGAAAAGGCACUCUAAUUCUCUCACACAUUUUUUGACUUACCCUUAUAGAUCAGCUUCUUCCCUUCAUCUUUCUAAACCUGUCAGGAGCCGCACCUGAACUGCACGGCAGCCAUAUAUGAUUUGUGAGAAACGGUUUGACCGCCUAGGCCGCAGUCCCGUAAUCCAGUAUUUUUCCGUUUAAGAAUUAUGUUUAGAAAGCCUGCUGUGCUGCUCCUUUUGCAAAUCCCUUCAGCGGCGAUGGCUAAAGAGUCGCUAAAUGUUGUUGCAUGAAAAUAAUGUUACUUUGCUUUGGAGCUGUGUGGAUCCAGAAUAGGUAAGGUGCUAUUUUGCUUAAACCACUUGGUUUGUUGUAGCGGUUGCUAGGCUGGAGAAAUCAUUAUGUGGCACCAAGCAUUUGAAAGGCAUUCAGCCUUACUAAGCGAGUGGCACUGUUCCCCAUAAGUAAGGGGAGCGUGGAUGUAGCCAAGGGGGGGGGGCAGAGAGGGGCAGCUGCCCCCCAGGAAAUAAAAAUCAAUAAAAAUACAUAGUGAACUGAGGUUCUUCCCCCCUCCAACAAAAAUCCUGGCUACGCCCAUGAUGGGGAGACCAUUUGUCCCCCAGCAAAUGCUACCACCCAGGUAUCUUUGGCAUUGUCUCUUUGGGAUAGCUUUGGGUGUUGUCCCAAAUGUGGUGGGAUGUCUUGUGAAGGUCUUAAGGCCCCUUGGUAGCUCUAGCUACGUACUGAGUUUUGUGAGAAGGCUUUUGAGAGGGGGAGAAUGUCCCAGUUCAGUGGUACAACAUCUGCUGAGCAUCUGCUAUUCUGAUCCCUUGCAUCACUGUAGGGCAGGGGUCAGCAACAUUUUUCAGCCAUGGGCCGGUCCACUGUCCCUCAGACCUUGUGGGGGGCCGGACUAUAUUUUGAAAAAAUAUAUGAAAGAAUUCCUAUGCCCCACAAAUAACCCAGAGAUGCAUUUUAAAUAAAAGGACACAUUCUCCUCAUGUAAAAACACGCUGAUUCCCGGCCCUUCUGCGGGCCGGAUUGAGAAGGCGAUUGGGCCGCAUCCGGCCCCCGGGCCUUAGGUUGCCUACCUCUGGUGUAGGGCAAGGAAAUAUUUCCUAUCUGAAGCUCUGGACGGCUGCUGCCAAUCAGUGCAGACAGUACUGAGCUAGGAGGAGUAAUGAUCUGGUUCAGUAUAAGGCAGUUUCCAACUCUACUACUUGGGUCAUUGCAAACAUUGAGACAGCAAAGAGGGCCAAGACUCUUCAGAGAGUGGUCAUGGGGAUUAUCAGUUUGUUUUUGUUCUUAUUUUUAUUAUGUAUUUUGUUUUUUAUAUUGUCAUUUUGUGUUGCAAACCGCCCCAAGAUCUUUGGGUAUAGGGAGGUAUGCAGAUUGAAUAAAUAAUAAAACAAUACUAAAUAAAACUUUAUGUUGGCCCUUACCGUGUUAUUAGCUGGCCGAAAGGGCCUUGCCAUUUUCAGGUGUGCUUCUCGUUUUUUAGUCAGCAGUGGCUCUGUGCACUGAGCAGUUUCAUUUCUGGCAGAAAUGUAGCCGUGGGUGGCUUUCCUCUUUGUUGCGUCUCCUUGAGCUUCACCUGAUUUUCUACCUGUUGCUGAGCUGUUGAAUGCUCAGAGCUGCCCUCAGGGGCCGGGGAGGCAGCACCCUUAUAUAUACUUCUCCAUGAUGAGGUUUGUUAUCUGGAGCCAGUCCUCAUGCAGAAAGAUUGCGUAAGCUGCUUAUCGACUUUCUCUGCACACUGAAGAGCAAUUCGGCAGCGUUCAUUGUGGCAGAAACAACUAUAUUUGGGUCAGGUUAGGGAAUGCAGCCCAGCAACAAUUUGACUUUCUAGUUCCUGUAUGUAUUUCCUGAGAAAGUUCUCCACACUUAGGGCUAGAAGGUUACGAAACGGAAUCUGCCUUGGUUUAGCACCACUGAUUUCAGGACAUUGCAGGAGAGAUUUGCUGAGUCAAAUAUUUUGGGUACAUAAACAGAAGGGACAAAUGUACUGAUGUGGUAUCUCUGGGUGUCCUCUCAGCUAGAGGGCUCUGAAGUUCCCUUACUAAAUGCACAUGAUAGACUGCAGAGUGGUCUAGAAUGAACAUAUAAGGAAUCUGCAGGAAAACCCCAAAGGAAUAUUUUGGCAAAUCCAUAUUGCUGAGGUUACACCUACACGGCAGUUUUUGAAAGGCAGUGAGCUUCGCACUUUACUUGUUAAACAAGUUUUGUUUGCUAAGUAGCCUUAAAGAUAAGCAGAGCUGUGGUAAAGAAGUACUAUAGAUGCUUUGGGUAUACCUACUUGAAGACUUGCACCCAUAUAUUAAAAAGGUACACUAAUUAGAAUUUGGACUUUGAGCACUCAGGAUGUGGGAGGGAGGGAGAGGCAGACUUUCAUUAUUUCACUUCCCAUUAUAAAUACUAGUCACUCCUUCAAGUGCAAAAGGAGUGACUAGUAUUUGAAAUUGAAUUCUGAGGUACUGAUUAGGACACCUAAAGGCUUUAAAAAUUACCGUAAUAAUAAAAUAUAAGAGCCCCUUGAAACAGGCAUUGGCCAUUAUGUCUCUGUUUUUAAGUAUAUUAUAGUUGAUUGUUAAUAGGUUAUAUCUCUUUAUUAUUGUCCUUUGAGAGACUAUGAAGUGAUUGGGAAGAGUUUGGUAUUAUCUUGCAUUUUAAGUGGGACCAGUUCUCACUGCCUGUGCUAUGUUGCUUUUGGUUUUUCCUUGCUAUUCUUAUGGUUCUGUGCAUGUGUUGAGUAGUGGAUCUCCACUGUCGGUGAGGGGGAAUUAUUUAACCACAAUCACAUUAAUUCCCUGGAAUUAAUGCAGACCAUUGCAGGGAAUUUAGCCCUGAGAAUUGGCCUUGAGCUGUAUGGGAUUGAUCUCUGUUUCAAAUUUUAAACUCACUGUCACAAUAUGUAAUAACAUGACUAAGUUAGACAAAACAACACUUUUGAAACAUGAUAAGUUGCUCUCAUACAGGUUAAGCAUGUACAGUAUUAAGGUGGAUAAAUAAGUAUUUACUAGACUGUAAUUUUAUGCAUGCUAAUUGCCUGAGUCACACCAUGUUUACUGUACUUAGAAAGUCCACUUGAUUUUAUUCUACCUUUAUAGCUUUGUCUCAGGUUAUAAUGACAGUUAAGAUCAGAUAGUAUGCUACUUUAUUUCUUUUAGGGUGAUAUCCAUCAUUAGUCCUGUUCAGAGUAAAAGGUAAAGGGUAAAGGGACCACUGACAAUUAAGUCCAGUUGCGAACGACUCUGGGAUUGUGGCACUCAUCUUGCUUUACAGGCCGAGGGAGCCGGCGUUUGUCCGCUUCCACAGACAGUUUUUCCGGGUCGUGUGGCCAGCAUGACUAAGCCGCUUCUGGCGAAACCAGAGCAGCACACAGAAACACUGUUUACCUUCCUGCCGGAGUGGUACCUAUUUAUCUACUUGCACUGGUGUGCUUUUGAACUGCUAGGUUGGCAGGAGCUGGGACCAAACAACGGGAGCUCACCCCGUCGCAGGGAUUCGAACCGCCGACCUUUCGAUUGGCAAGCCCAAGUGGCACAGUGGUUUAACCCACAGCGCCACCCGCGUCCCUCUGUUCAGAGUACACCCAUCUAAAUAAAUGGAAAUCACUACUACUAUGUGUAGGACUAAUCUUGGAUAUCACCAUUAAAAUAAUUCAAUUCUGCUCAGUGUAUGUUGGUUUAAUUUUUAACCUUUAAUGGUUUAACCUUUAAAAUGCAUUAACAAGGUUUAUAUAAAGGCAUAAUUUGUGUUCAUAUGGAUUGCCGUGACUAUGAAAGAUGCAGAGAUAAACUCUAAUUGAUGCUGAUUAGUAUCUGGAAUGGUAGGUAGCUCUGGGGCUUGUUAAGACAAGACCUGGAUCAGGUUAUCCACAGAUGUUUAUACAGGUUCCAACAUCUCUGUAAUGUUUCACAGUAUCAGAAGCACUUUUCUAUUUAAACCUUGCUUGUGUGUUCAGUUUGGUGAAUGAUAAUUCAUGAACUCUUCUGUAGACAAUGGAUUCUAUGGUUUUCCUGAAUAACGGAAUCUAACAAGUUGGUAGGGCUUUUUAAGGGUGAAAACUUGUUUAAGAAGGGAUGAAUUUCGGAUAUUUGUGUACUACCUUUCUGUUUGUAAUUAACAGUUGAUUUCAAUCUCCCCCAGUAAUGUAACAUUUUUUUAUCUUGACCUUCCCUUCCUACACACCCUCUGAUUACCCUUCCCUUCAUUCAUCCUUGCCAUCUCUUUCUCUCCCCCUUUGCAAAAUGAGCAUAAGUUAUGCCUCAAGUAUUUAUAUGCUAUUUAUUAUUUCUAAGAAAAGAAAAAGUUACAGAAUGGCUCCACUUUCAUCCAUUGCACAUUUAAAAUAUAAAUGUAUAGGUCAUAGUAGCAUCCUAAGCUUCACAAAUAAGGUAAUGCUAAUAUAGAACCAAACAUCUACCUGCACCACUCGAAUUGGUAAAUACAGUGGUAGUUGGUAACUGGAAAGACUGACAGCCAAAUCUAGAAUAGAGCCCAGGAAGUGAAAGGGUAAGUCAUCUCCUCCCACCCUCCUUGCUGUUGCAGGCAUACUCGUUGUUGCAAAGAGCUCAGUUGCAUUGUCAUUCCUGAGACGUUGGAGUAGGCUGAACAAAACGUGGCUGCAGCAAAGGCUGUUGGUUUCUGGCAGUUUGCCCCGUCUUCCCUGAAUGAGAUUAGUUCCUUGAAAGGUUCUUAUUUGGCCCUAGGAAGUUAUAGGUAACUAAUGAGCUAUCUGGAAAACUAGUUCAUGGGCUGCAGAUAGACUGCAUUGGUAGAUGUUUCAAACCAGUUGCAUACUUCCUCAGAGGCCCUUGUCCACAUGCCCUGCUUUCAGAAGUUAGGUGGGCAGCUGCUGGAGAAAGGGCCUUCUCUGUGGUGGCACCCAAGCUCUGAAACUUUACUCCCAGCCGUGUUCACCUGGUGCCUUCACCUCUCUAUCUUUUAGGCAUCAGACAACGUCUGCCCUGUUCUUACAGUGGCAAUUGGGAUAGGGUGUACUAAAAAGCAGUGUUAGAAACUCAGAUAUAUGUUAGAUGCCAAAUGGCUCCUUGAACCAGGGUUAUAGUCGCCAAAACAGAAUGCUUAGUUGCCACUAAGGAUGGUUACACAGUUGUAUUUUUGAAUACGACGUUUUGGUUCCUGAAAUUCAUUCUGAUUGUGCAGAUAAAAUAUAAUGGAUAGAAUUGUACAGGAUCUGUUGCUAGCGUGUGAAAACAGCCAAUAAUAUCCAAGGAUCCCCAGGCAUGCACCUCCAGAUGGUGGAGACAUCAGGCGCUAUCCUGGCACCCAGGAUUCUUCACUUGGUUGCAAGUGGCUGAUAGGCAAGUGCAAGAUGCACCUGGCGAAUUUCAAAUGCUGCUAAAAAGAAUGGCAAAAAUACCCACCAGAAACAAUGGGAGCUCCCUGAAGGACCACAAGAAAUAAUGGGAACAGCAGAUGUCAAUUGAUAUGACCAGGCACCAUGGAAAUAAAUAUGUUGUUGUUGUUGUUUAGUCGUGUCCGACUCUUCGUGACCCCAUGGACCAGAGCACGCCAGGCACUCCUGUCUUCCACUGCCGCCCGCAGUUUGGACAAACUCAUGCUGGUAGCUUCAAGAACACUGUCCAACCAUCUCAUCCUCUGUCGUCCCCGUCUCUUUCUGCCCUCCAUCUUUCCCAACAUCGGGGUCUUUUCCAGGGAGUCUUCUCUUCUCAUGAGGUGGCCAAAGUAUUGGAGUCUCAGCUUCAGGAUCUGUCCUUCCAGUGAGCACUCAGGGCUGAUUUCCUUAAGAAUGGAUAGGUUUGAUCUUCUUGCAGUCCUUGGGACUCUCAAGAGCACCAUAAUUCAAAAGCACCAAUUCUUCGGCGAUCAGCCUUCUUUAUGGUCCAGCUCUCACUUCCAUACAUCACUACUGGGAAAACCAUAGCUUUAACUAUACGGACCUUUGUUGACAAGGUGAUGUCUCUGCUUUUUAAGAUGCUGUCUAGGUUUGCCAUCGCCUUUCUCCCAAGAAGCAGGCAUCUUUUAAUUUCGUGGCUGCUGUCACCAUCUGCAGUGAUCAUGGAGCCCAAGAAAGUAAAAUCUCUCACUGCCUCCAUUUCUUCCCCUUCUAUUUGCCAGGAGGUGAUGGGACCGGUGACCAUGAUCUUCGUUUUUUUGAUGUUGAGCUUCAGACCAUAUUUUGCUCUCUCCUCUUUCACCCUCAUUAAAAGGUUCUUUAAUUCCUCCUCACUUUCUGCCAUCAAGGUUGUGUCAUAAAAACAGGGAAAUGGCUCCCAUUGGUUCCAAUGGACAUUCUUGUUAUUUCUUUUCAUAGAUCAAAUCUGAAGUAAUUCAUUUUAAUGCCUAUUUGACUGAUAAUGAAUUCCUGUCAAGAGACUUGGGCAAGGCUUACCAGGGUUGUAGGGAUUUAAACUCGGGUCCCUGAUGUUUCAAGUGCAAUACAGUGGUACCUCGAGUUACAAACGCCUCAGGUUUUAAACGCUUCAGGUUACGAACUCCGCUAACCUGGAAGAGUUACCUCGAGUUGAGAACUUUGCCCCAAGAUGUGCCGGUGGUGCAGCAGCAGCAAGAGGCCCCAUUAGCAAAAGCACACCUCUAGUUAAGAACAGUUUCAGGUUAAGAACGGACCUCUGGAACGAAUUAUGUUCGUAACUAGAGGUACUACUAUAUCCUAUCCUCUGAACCACACUCAAGACAGAUACCAUUCUACACAAACACUGGAGGUAGGAUAGCAACUGAAGCUACCAAGGACUGGGUUCAGAACCUAUCAGUGUCAUUCUGUCUAAACUUUAUAUGUGAUUUAUUAAAAUGAAAACACACACAAAAAACUUCCCGGUUGCAGGUAAGGGGGUGGAGAGAAUGGUGACUGGGCCAUUUCAGGAGGAUAUGGAUUACCUGGAUCUGUUUCAGACUUGGUUCAGGCAUUGUUUGGGACUGAAUCAGCCUUGGUCAUCCCGGUGAAUGACCUGUAUCAGGACAGGAGGAGUGCAUCUUUGCUUCUGCAAAUGUAGCUGGUAGCAGCUAAGUGACUGCUGUGGGUCUUACCAGAGUGGUGAAGCUAAGGUUAAGAAAAGAAUGAUGCUCCUCUCCGAUUCAGUCCCAAACAGUGCCUGAACCAAGUCUGAAACAGAUCCAGGUAAAACCAAGGUAAUUUGAUUUUUUUUCUUUUUUAAAAAAUGGAUUCCAUUGAGUUUUGUACACUCUUAAGUGGUGCAGUAAGGAGUAACGAUAACAACAAAAGCAAAAAUAACAGUCUCUCGUGAUUUGUUAUAAAUAAACUAAUGCAUACACAGGGAGGAGAGAAACAAGGAAUGGAAACUAAAGAUAGUUAAGCACAUUAGUUAAUCAAAUCUCUCCAGAAAUCUGAAUCUCAGGCUGGUGGUUUGGAACCUGUAGAUAAGGAAAUCAUGCAGGCAGAGGGCCUUCUCGGUAGUGGCACCUGCCCUAUGGAACACCCUCUCAUCAGAUGUCAAGGAAAUAAACAACUCUCUGACUUUUAGAAGACUUCUGAAGGCAGCCCUGUUUAGGGAAGUUUUUAAUGUUUGAUCUUUUACCGUGUUUUUAAUGUUCUCUUGGGAGCCGCCCACAGUGGCUGGGGAAACCCAGCCAGAUGGGCGGGGUAUAAAUAAUAAAGUGUUAGUAUUAGUAUUAGUAUUAUAAAUGACUUUCCCCACUGCCUUCUUUAUCUCAGUCAAAACUAGGCCUGAACAGUCUGUGGUGUGGAUUCAGUGAGCUGAACAAAUGGCGAGGUUUCAUUCACCGGAUGCCUAGUCGCCCACAGUGGUUAAGCUGGAGUAGCUCAGUUAAGACCACAUUUCCAUUGUGGCUUUGGCCUUAUAAAGGUGUCACGACUGCCAGCACUUUGUUAUGCCUCUUCCCGCCCCCGCUCCCCAGUUCAUUGAGAAAAGUUCCUUAGGUAACAUGAUCUUGGUGCACAUUUCACAGAUAGUGCCCCUGGGGCACAAUGUUAUCAUCUCUCCCUUAACAGCAGUUCCUUGCAUUGAUGCUGACUCAUGGAUUUGGGUGACCAGCUGUGAGUUUAAAUGGCUUUUCCUUUCAAAAUGCUGUUAUCAGCUUAGGCUCACACAGCUUUAACCGUGGUGCUAUCCAGAGUUGGCUUCGAAGCCAGGUGUCUUUAGUGCUAUAUCUGCAGGCUAUCGGAACAACUGCAGAAGCGAACAUAUUACAAUACCUCAUCAUGGGGACUAUAGCGGGUAGGAUAUAUUCUGCAGUAGGGAAGCAAAUCCCCAUUUGCCACUGUUUUUGUAUCGGAAAAAGCCAAACCGGGUAAAUAAAAAAACAGGAAAUAACUUUGCAGAAAAGAAGAAGAGAGAAAAGUCUGGGUGUAAUAAUACAUUUCCUAGGUAUGAUUUAUUUAUACAUCCUAGGUAUUAUUUAUUUAUACAUCCUAGGUAUUAUUUAUUUCCGACAUUUUUCUAAUGGUUCAUGGCCAUUAACAGUUUUUCCCAUCUCCUUCAUUCUCACAACAACCCUGUGAGGUUGGACACAAUCCGAUAGGAGCUGAGCAGGACCCUUCAGCACUACCCUUGGACUAAUUGAGCAUUGACUUUGGCCUGCACAUUUUAUUGCAGCCAGUUAUGUCAAGCAAAGCCCUUUCCAUGCUUUGCAUAGGACGAUCCAGCGGUCCAGUCACCCUUUGCAUCCUCCCGGUAUCCAGGCUGGGUAUACCUAAGCAGGAACACAGCCACAUGCAGGACCUAAGGACAAGCAGGUUUGCUAGAUUAUCCUAAGUGAAGUAUGCAGUGGUGCCUGCUUGCGAUGAAGUGCUAAUGUGUGAUGGAGCUCUCAGAUAUAUGUAUGGUUAUAGCUCACCCAUGCGGGACACGGGUGGCGCUGUGGGUUAAACCACAGAGCCUAGGGCUUGCCAAUCAGAAGGUUGGCGGUUCAAAUCCCCGCAACGGGGUGAGCUCCCGUUGCUCGGUCCCAGCUCCUGCCAACCUAGUGGUUUAAAAGCAUGUCAAAGUGCAAGUAGAUAAAUAGGCACUGCUCCGGCAGGAAGGUAAACGGCGUUUCUGUGCGCUGCUCUGAUUCGCCAGAAGCGGCUUAGUCAUGCUGGCCACAUGACCCGGAAGCUGUACGCCGGCUCCCUCGGCCAGUAAAGGUAGAUGAGCGCCACAACCCCAGAGUUGGCCACAACUGGACCUAACGGUCAGGAGUCCCUUUACUUAUGGCUCACCCACUCCAAUUCUAGCAAUAUUGGGUAGGCUCUGUAAUCUGUGCACACAGAGGGAGAUGCUGGAAAAGUAGGUUGCACAGCUGACUUCUCUUUUUUUUUUAUUUCAGCAGUUGUCAAGCCACGGGCUACAAGGAAAGAAGGAUUUCUUGGUAGGCUAUCUAACCUGCUAGUUGGUGGAAGAAGCAGGUUGUGUCUGUUCCUGCAGGGAAAGGGGGAUGUGUUGAGUGAGAGGUCAGUAGGGGUGUUGGCAGAUAAUAGGCGGAGAGAGUAUCUUGUUGGUCUCAUUGAUAAGAGAAUUUUCCUGUUAGGGAUCUUGGUCUGUGCUCCCUUUUCCCUGCCUAUUAAUACAUAGAGCUCUCCAGUCAAACACAGAAGGGGGCACAUUUUGAAAAAAAACAUCUUGCACGAAGACUUUGGCUUUUCUUUUAUAACAAACCCAUCCCAAUAAAUAGCUCUGUAAUGUCAUUGUGCCAUUUAAUCAAUGAUUUCUGGUCUCUCUUAAAUGGUUAGUGUCUUUAUUAUGGUUUUAUAUGGGCUGCAAGCCAAUCCAGAUGAGUGGGGUAUAAAUUAAUAGAAUAAUAAUCACCAUCAUCAUCUAAAGUUACACUUCAGUGUUAAUUUGUUAUCAUAAAGUUAAAAACUGGCUUUGGAUGAAUUGGGUGUUUCUCAACACAAAACAGCAAUUUGUCGUGGCUUGUAAUGUGCAUUUCAACUUCACCCAGCUUAUUCUGCAACUCUCUCUUUUUUAUCCUAACAUGCUGCAAAGUAAAGGACACGACUUGGUUUUCACGAGAACAUGGAAGAGUCACUUCAGUGGGCCAGGUGCAAAUGGCAGCGCAUGGUUUCUUCAGAAGGCAAUGAUGAUGUCACCUUCCAGCAGCCAGCCAAGACCAUCAGUAAACACAGGAUCGUUAUACCAUGUCUGGGGCAUUUUAAGGAAGAAUACGAAAAAGUAUCCCACCUGUAUCAAAACAACAGAAUACGGACUACAAAGUACCGACUUUGGAACUUUGUACCGAAGAACAUAUUCGAACAGUUUCACAGGUAACGUGCACAGUUGUGAAAUUAAAGGAUAAUUAGAUAGUAUUGUUUGCAACAUUCAGAGUGAAAGCAAUGGUAGUUUGUUACAGUAAUGAACAGUAAUGAAUUACUAGAUAAUUUUGGGGACAGAUAGUUCCAAAUAAUCUGCUGGCCCCUUUGAAUACGUAAUAAUUGGCACCCUCGUGUUCAACAUUUGCGAUAGUUUAGUUGCAUGAGAUACUGGCAUAAUGGCACGUUUUGAAUUUAAUGUAACUGUUGAUGUACCCCCGGGUGUAGUCAAUGUGGUGGACCACAACUCUCACCAUUCCUGGUCAUUGAUCAUGCUAGGUAGGGGCAGGUGAGACCCAUAGUCAAGAAGAUUUGGAAGGCACCUGGUUGGCUAACCCUGGUAUACCCUGUCCUAAGCACCUACGUCCUGAUGUAGGAAGCCUUAGGUUUGGACUGUAAUUUUAAACAUAAUAAAACCAAAAAGAGAAAACAGAAAAAGGUGAUUUGGAAGCAUAAUGUUUGUGGGAGAAGGUCUGCAUUUUGUGGUUGUUUGUAAUGUUGCUUUGAUUAAUCAAGACACGUUUUCUGAUUUUACUCUAGUGUUGUGGGAUCUUUUCUGUCAUUAGUCCCAUGAAGUGAAUGCCUAGUCAUAACAUGCAUGCCCAUAGUUUGCUAUAAUAUCAAUUUACCAUUCUUAAUGAGCUGAAUACUAAUCUGAAGUCAACUGCUACUCACUUAGGUGUGUCAUAUCAAGCUCCAGACACUUUUUUUUUUUUUUACACUCGCUUCAAUGGCUGACACUAACAUCCUGUGGGUUGUUGUGUUUGUGUUUUCCAGAGCUGCCAAUUUAUAUUUCUUAUUUAUAGUUCUGCUGAACUGGGUUCCAGUGGUGGAAGCUUUCAGGAAAGAAAUCACCAUGAUCCCUCUCAUUGUGGUUCUCACAAUUAUUGCUGUGAAAGAUGGUGUCGAGGAUUACGCAAAAUACCAGUUGGACAAAAAAAUAAACAAUAUAGUGACUCAAGUCUAUUGUAGGUAAGUAAAUCAGAAAUAAUAUUACCAUUGCCUUUGACAAAUAUAAAUAUGACGCUGAAUAAUUAGAUCCAGAGGCUUGACAACCAUACGUCAGGAGUGCUCUGAUGGUGUUUCCUGCUUGGCAGGGGGUUGGACUCAAUGGCCCUUGUGGUCUCUUCCAACUCUAUGAUUCUAUGAUUUCAACCUGGCUUCCAGUCCGGUUUUGAGGCUGAAACUGCAUUGGGCCCCCCCUGGUAGAUGACCUGUGUUGGGAGAUUGAUGUGGGAAUGUUGAGGGUGGCAGGAGAGGAUAUAUUGAUUAAUAUUAUCCUCCCUCCCUAACUCGCGUUAGCAAGCUUCUUUACUUAGCAGAGUGCAUCCCCCUUUUACGCAGCAGAAAGCUGGUUGCAAACUCGUAUGAGUCUCUUAAAACAAGAAGCAAUUCAAUUUGGCUUGCCCAGAUUGAGAUAUGUUGUAUUAUUCCUGGUAAGACCCCUUUAAUCCAUCCUAAAAGAAUAAAGACACAACAGUCUUAUUCAUAAGUAACAAAAAGUAGUUUUACUCACGAUCAGGCAGAGCACAGUGUGUUACAAACAGGUUCACCCCAUAUGGGAGAUAACCUGGGGGACUGUUCCGGCGGGAAGGCAGCCAGCAGUACUGUCCAGGUGAAACAGGAAGUUCGCUGGACGAAAAAAAGAUCGAAGCAAAGAAGGUGGCUGCGUGACUUGGCCUUUUACCAGGUCUGGAAAGGUCACGCCCACCUACUAGUCACAUGCAAGGAAGGAUGCUCCAGGCCAAGAGGAACAGGAAGUUCAAGUGACUGCACCAACAUCCCCUGCAUGGCCACUCUAGCAAAAGAAGGAAUGUUGUACUUGACUGCUCCCAAUGGAUUAUAUCCCACAAUUGAUGGGUGCAGUCAGAGGCAUAGCGUGGGGGGGGCGUGUUGGUGGGGCCGUGGCCCCAGGCACAAUUUUGUGCGGAGGUGCAAACAGGCACCCCCCCCAGCAGGCUCCUUCAUCGGAGCCUGGCUCCGAGCGAGAAGGAGUUGCACCUUGGCUGCGGCGCUCGUGCCUGGCCACAGCUCCACCCUCGGGUCGGGCCUGACCCAGAGUAGGGGAGCAGGAGAAUGGGUGGCGAUGCUGCCGCCCACCGUCCUCAGUGCAGGAUGAUACCCUGUGGCUCUUUGUGGGUUUCAGUCCUAUCUACCAUGGGUGGGUAUAUGAGUGAUUGUGCAUGGGGCGUGCAGCUGCUGGUGUUUGCCAUAAGCCGUCCUAUCCCAGUCUGGUGCCCUCCAGAUGUUUUGGACUCCAGGAACUUGAUGACCCUUGUGGUCCCUUCCAACUCUACGUUUCUAUUAUUCAAUGGUCACCUUGUAACUAUCUGGACAUACAACAAGAGAGGCGUCUGUAGGAGAUUCCAGCUCUUGGGUAGGAUUAUAUAGAGGAAGGCAGUCUUUCAUGAAACCUGGUUCCAAGACUUUUAAGGUUUGGCAGGUUAAAAAAAUAGCAAUGUGAAUAGUUGUCGGAAACGUAUAGGCAGCUUUUCCUGUUUGGGAAUGUGGGGCAAGAGAAUGAAACAGUGCUCGCAUUCUCCUCCUGUGCUUAAGCAGAUAUGCCACAACGGCCACUGACUAGCUCCACACCUUGCUGCCGUUUAAGGGCUUGAAUCCCAAUCUGCUUCUGAGGAGACAUAAUUCAGAUUGGCUAUACAGUGGUACCUCAGGUUACAUACACUUCAAGUUACAUAUGCUUCAGGUUACAGACUCCUCUAACCCAGAAAUAGUGCUUCAGAUUAAGAACUUUGCUUCAGGAUGAGAACAGAAAUCGGGCUCCGGCGGCACGGCAGCAGCAGGAGGCCCCAUUAGCUAAAGUGGUGCUUCAGGUUAAGAACAGUUUCAGGUUAAGUACGGACCUCCAGAACGAAUUAAGUACUUAACCUGAGUUACCACUGUAUGUUGAAGCGAUUGGUAAAUGGCUCUUUAUAGAUGACUGUGCUGUACCACAUUUCCCAGACGUUAAUGAACCUGCCUUAGCACUGGGGUAGGGUGGGAACACACAUCGCACCAGAUCCAGCUCUCCUUCACACUGGGCUGCAAAAUGCAGAAAUACCAGCCAGGUAUGGAGGGUACCAGCAAGGUAUGCGGGUGGCGCUGUGAUCUAAACCACUGAGCCUAGGACUUGCCGAUCAGAAGGUUGGCGGUUCGAAUCCCCGUGACAGGGUGAGCUCCCAUUGUUCGGUCCCAGCUUCUGCCCACCUAGCAGAUCAAAAGCACAUCAAAGUGCAAGUAGAUAAAUAGGUACCGCUCCGGCGGGAAGGUAAACGGCGUUUGCAUGCGCUGCUCUGGUUCGCCAGAAGCAGCUUAGUCAUGCUGGCCACAUGACCCGGAAGCUGUCUGCGGACAAACACUGGCUCCCUCGGCCUAUAGAGCGAGAUGAGCGCCGCAACCCCAGAGUCAUCCGCGACUGGAGCUAACGGUCAGGGGUACCUUUACCUUUUUAUGGAGGGUACCACAGAUACACUCCCCCUUGAUUCCCCUUCAUACUGGCUUUGCACAUUUCAAGCCAAGAUUUGGCCUUUGAGUGUAUAUUAACAUGCGUAACAUUGGCUGUGUGCAAAUUGAAUUUAAAAUAUUUUCAGAUUGAGCUCUUGAUAGGGCCUUGAACUCAUUAUCCGUUUUAGGAAAUGUGCGCUGCUUAGAAGUCGUAAUUACAGUUUAACGGUAUUGUUUUGGGAGGCAAGAGGCUCUUGGCAGACAUUAAUGCAGCUUUAGUGUGUUUUGUACCUAUACUUCUGUAUCGAUUUUGCACAUUGAUUUUUAUGUCCUCUUAGAAAACCAGUGAUAACCAUCUAGGAAAGGAAGUAGGCAACUGACUUGUACUAAAUAUUUUUAGACUGUGCUGCUCCUCCAUCCUCCUUUUCUUUGCUUUUGAUUCCCUUCCAUUUGGGGGAGCAGGAAAAUACAAAAAAAGUGAAUGUCCUCUGUCCUUUGUGGCCUCUCCUUUUAGGCUUGCAGUCUGUUGAAUGUUUGCUAAUACAGAUUUUUGGCCCCAAGGGGGGAAAACUGUUUUGUUUUUUUGUUUGUUUGUUUGUUUGUGCAAUGGUUCCUCUAUCCUCUUUUUAAAAACAAACAAAUAUACCACAAGCCUUUGGGUCUCAGCUAGUUUUCAUAUUCUAGUUAAGUAUAAUUAACAUGCUUUCUGUCUUGUUUACAUAUUAUUUCCAUGUUGCUGACAAAUGCCAAGUUCUGGUGGACAGAGCAGUGGCAUGCAAUUUCUAAGCAAGUUGUUGCAUUUGGAGUAUCAGGAAAAUCAAAUCUGGAAGGAGCAGGUCUCUCAAAUGCAAUUGCCCUUUAUUGCUACAUAAUAAGAAUAGGACGAGAAACUCUCCAGCAUUCAAACUACAGGAGCUCAAGUGGUUUUGACUAUUUAUUUAUAUAAAAUAAUUAUGUACCGCUGUAUUGUAGAAAUGUAUCGCAGCGGUUUACAACGAUAUAAUUACAUAAAACCACACAGUAAAAUCAUUUUUAAAAGUUUGAAAAAUAAAAACAAAAGUGUUUUUUUAAAAAAACUUCAGUAGACCGUUGUGAGGGAUAGACUUCUAAUUGUCAGAUAGGCCGGUCAUUUAAAAGUUGGCACAUAAGGUUUUAAAAAAGCACAUAACACUGAAACACAGCACCACCUGGCCAGUGACCAAAAUAAAUCCAUUCAUUCAUUCAUUCAUUCAUAACCCAAGUCUUGUGGGUAGAGUUGCCCUUGAAAUCGUUGUACAAGGAUUGAAUGUGAUGGGGACAUGAGCAGACAGGGGAUUGUAGGAAUGGGUGGUGUGUUCUGGAUAUGGAGGUGCUUGUUCUAAAAAUCAAACACACAUUCAAACAUACUACUUAACAUAACCUCUCCACUGAGGAUGUUGAGCAGUUGGUAUAACGAGGUCUUGAUUUUGGUCAUUAACAUAAAGGGGUCCACGUUUCUUGGAAAAUGUCUCUGUUCGUUAUGCCUCUAUAAUUGGUCUUCCGUGUCUGGUGAGAUGCUCAAACAUUGCUGUAUCCCAGAUAUUAUUUUCCCAUAUGUUCAGGGGUAUUUCAGUCUGGUUCCUCCAUUGUUGAGCUAUCACUAAUUGUGUUACAGUCAGUAAGAAGUCUACUAGUUCUCUGUGGUGGAGCCCACAGAGAUAGUAGGGCUAAGGCAGAAUUUGGAGGAAGGGGUUGGCCUGUGAUUGUGGAUAUAAUGGACAUAUAAAAAACAUUGAAUCCAAAAUAAAGCAGUACAAACAAUUAAAAAAAAGAAAAAAAAAGAAAAACGAACAAACAAAAACACACAUCUACAGAUAAAACCAUAUCAUCAUUCUAAUCUUUAUGUACAUAUACAGAUAUUGACUUCCUUCCUUUGUUCUAAGACCUCAAAAUUUUUACUCUUUCUAAAUUGUUGUGUCUAAUGUAGAUUACCUCUAUCUUUAUACUUUUUGCACCAUUUUUCUCUUUCUUUAACCCUGCAAAGCUUCAUUCGUUACAUACCGAUAUGCUUAUUCCAGAACAAUGUUUUUUCAUAUACUCUUUAGCACAUCCCCAUUCUUCUAAUAAUUUUUGGUCCGAUUGUCCCCUUAUGAAUGCUGUGAGUCUUGCCAGAUUCAGCUCAAUUGCCUUCUAAAUCCGGCCCACAAACAGUCCAGGAAUCAGCGUGUUUUACAUGGGUAGAAUGCGUCCUUUUAUUUAAAAUGCAUCUCUGGGUUAUUUGUGGGGCAUAGGAAUUCGUUCAUUUAUUUUUUCAAAAUAUAGUCCAGCCCCCCCCCCCCCCCAGGUCUGAGGGACAGUGGACCGGCCCCCUGCUGAAAAAGUUUGGUGACCCCUGCGGCUACACAAAGUCAGAGUCUCCCCUAAAUGAAACUCUAUUGUGUGCAAGCUACAGACAAUCCAGACUUCAUUUUAAAAGGUUUAAAACAUUAAUACUUUUGUGUUUCUUUAUACCAGGAAAUACUCUGAACAUGCAUAGUUAGAUGUGAUUGUUAAUAUCAGAUUUUCCUACGCACAUGUAAAGUCAAAAUUUAAUUGACUGCCUUAUAAAUGCUUUUGUUUAGUUCCUUGAGAAACGGAUGGAUUUUUAAAUGCAUGGUAGUUUAUUGCUUUUUGUGUUUCAUCGUUUUUUUAAAAAAUGGGUCCCGCCCCGCCCCCUCCUGUUUUUUCCUCCCCAGAAAUAAAAAGGCAUAUGUCGAGAAGUUCUGGAAAGAUGUUAAAGUUGGUGAUUUUAUCCGACUGUUGUGUAAUGAGGAGAUUCCCGCUGACAUGGUGCUGAUAUAUACUAGUGAUGGAGAUGGGAUCUGUCACAUUGAAACAUCAAGCCUUGAUGGAGAGACCAAUCUGAAACAGAGACAGGUUGUGAGAGGAUUUGGCGAGCAGGUAUAAAUGGGCACUUCUUGGGAGAAAGUCUGUGUAUAAUCCAUAUCAGGGGGAAUCCUAUAAACUUCAAUAGUUUUUGACAGUUCUCUUUGUACUGAUUUCGGACUCCUGGCUCUACUCAUUCUGUCUCCAGGAUACCUCUCCUCCCAGCACACACAGAAAAACAACACCAAUUUUCUUCCUUCUGGCAGCAACCCUUGUGAUUCACAAUGUCAUUCCAGAAACACACACAGGGCCUUUUUUCCAGCCAGAACUCACCAAAACUCAGUUCUGGCACCUCUCAAGUGGGUGUCAUUGCCAUUACCAUUAAGGGAGGUGUUCGUGGUGAGUUCCGGCCCCUCUUUUUUCUAGAAAAACCACUGAAUACACACACAAAGGCGCACACACCUUGGUAAAUGUUGACAUUCACCACAAUUUGGACAUUCACUGCAGCUGAGAAUGUUCCUCAUUAUUAAUUCUCUUGUUGUAUAAGCAGCUCCAUACAGGUGAUUUAUCCCACAACUUUGAGAUACAUUAUUAAUAUAUCCCGUUUCACAGAGGGGGGAACAGCGGUUGAGGGAGAGGUAUUCUAUAUAAUUAGGGAGAGAGGAGUACAAUGUAAUAAAUAGUCCAGCACAGGAUCAGAUCAACCCAUGUAUAUUUUGCCUUAUAUUAAUACACUCAUAUGCAAUGACUAGAUAGAUAGUCAAAGGAGUCACUAACAAGUAGACUCUUCUACCUUAAAAAUAAAAACUCCUCCCUUCUUAGAGAUGGGAAGGCCUGGAAAACAAUUGGGGGGGGGGAACAGAUCUUUUUCCAAAGCCGUUUCCCCCCGGAAAAAUGGAAAAAAAGAAGUUUGAUAUAGUUUGAAUAUUCCAUACACUCCCCCCCCCCCAUUUUUCCUGGAAAAAAAAAGGCUUUGGGGGAAAAACCUGCCCCCCCCAUUUUUCUGUCCCCCCCAGUCCUUCCAGCCCCCACACUUUGGAGCUCCCUGCCGACGGACACCAGGCAGGUGUUCUCACUGUACUCUUUCCGACAACUGCUCAAAACAUUUUCGUUAGGGCCAGCCCAUCAUAACACGUAGAAGCUGCAUGCGAUUUACUUCCUUUUAACCACUGCUGACUUUAAUCAUAUUUUGAAUACUCUUAAAUACCUGCUUUUAACUGUGUUUUAUCAAUCAUUUUAAUGUUCUGUUGUAUAUUUUUGUAAACUGUUUAGAAAGCUCUCUUACCAUCGUGUGGUUUUAAUAUAUAAUAACAAAUUCAAUUUAAAAAACACACACACUCCUUUUCCUUUCAAACACAGUUUGAGCCUUAGUGCAACUUACUAUUCAGUAACUGGAUGUUGGUUACUUCUGGGCCUGGCAUGCAAAAAAAUUGCCUUACGCUUUGCCCCGGCUGUCCUGGAGUAGAGAUGGGAAGCCUGGAAAAAAAAAUAGAAAAAUUGGGGGGAAACUGGGUUUUUUCCAAAGCCGGUUUUUUAGAAGUCCAUGAGAAAAAUGACAAAGAGGAAGAGGAAGAAGAAAUGGAAAAUGAUAGCAGUAGUUAAGGAAAUGAGAUAGAAUAAACUGCAUGUAUAUGUUGUGUCUUCUGUUUCUUUUUUUUAAAAAGCACUACUCAAAGGGUAGACCUUCUAUGGAGCUUAAAUAUUGAGGUAGAUCUUAACUUUAUUUGCUGUUGGUGCUAAGGGGCAAAUCUGAUUAUUUUUUAUGUCAAUGGUUUCUUGCUUUUGUUUUUUUGCUUGUGAGGGAAAGGGUGGUGGUUACCUGUUUUAUUACAAGCAUAAUACUUUUAUAUACAAUGUGUUUCACGCAAUUUGUAUUUUUUUUUAAAGAUAUUUAUUGAAAUUUUCAAAAUGUUACACAAAAGAGAAAAAUAAAAUAGCAACAGAAGAAAGUACAAAAUAAAAAUAGUUGACAAAGUAGAAAAGGAAAAAAAGAAACAAAUCCCUUCCCACCAUAUGAGUAAAAAAUUCAAAAUAAGAAAAAGUGACAGAAAGAAAAAAGAAAAAUACAUCACAAACCUUUAAAAACAUUUAAAAACAAAUUCAUUGUAUUCAGAUCCUUAACUGUCAUUGCCUUCUUUCUUAGACCUCCUCCUCCUCCCUUUCUUUGUAUCCUAGUUAUUAAUUAUCCCAGCAAAUCCUUUCCAGAUUUCAUAAUAUUCUGUCAUUGCAUUACCCUAAUCUGUUUUGAUCUUAUCUUUCUAUAAUAAAAUAAACCUUAAAGCUUAAAACUUAAAUGUUAUCCUUACCAGCUUCUCAUAACCAUAAUAUUCUUUCAUAAUUCUUUAAACAUCUUUGCUAAAGCCAAGUAAUUUCAUUCCAACAUUUUUCUAACAUUCAUCAAUUUUAUAAAACAGUUCUAAUGGUAGAGAAAAGAGAUACAAACAAAUCCAAUCUUCAUCCAACGUCCCUUCCUCCUGGUUCCGGGUUUUGUCAGUCCUUAUUCCCGUCGAUCUGGCCCAUUAACCUGGCAACCUUAUAUCCGAGGCCCUCAAGUCUCUUCCAUGUCCCUUCCGCGGCUCUUCUUCAUAUUUGUAACUGUAUUUUCCCUUGUCUUUGUAAAACUACUCCACACUGAACUUUUUUUUUCUUUCAAUUUUUCCAAAAUUUCUAUUUUUUCCGGGGGGAAGCGUUUUUUCCUCAUGGCUUCAAAAUUUCCGGAAAUUAUACAUCUCUAUCCCUUCUCAGUGCUUAUUUGUCAAUUACAUUUCUAUCAUGAUGUCAAAAAGUAACCAACCAAUUCUUAUUUAUAUGGCAUAUGGGGCUUGAUUAAACCGAGUGAGGCCUUGGGUCUGUCUGAGCCAUUUUCUUUCUCUCUGAUAAGCCACCAACUUUCUUGGGCAGAGGUCUGUACCAGCAACUUCUGUCCUUUUUUCAGCCAUUCAAGAGACUCUUCUCAGUCACCUCAGAGUGGGUUUUACUUUUUCUUGCACCCAAUAAGCAGGAAAGCAGGCCUUCCUGUAAACCUGCUCAGUUCUCUGAGAAUCUAGAUUUAGCAGUACCUGGAUUUUUACCUCAGGUUGUCAUGCCAACCAGUGCAGAUAGGCAUGCAAAGAAUUGAUGCGAUAAUUCAUUACUUUAACGAUGUUGCUGCAUCCCACGUUUGAGCUCCAUUUUCCCCCUUCUCCCCCCCCCCCCCAAAUUUGUAUCUAGGAAACUGAAGUUGAUCCGGAAAAUUUCGCAAGCAGGAUAGAGUGUGAGGCGCCAAACAAUGAUCUUACCAGGUUCCGGGGGUUUAUGUAAGUAAUUUGGGGUAAGCUCUGUCUGCUCUCUCUGCUUGAUAAAAUAUUAUAGCACUCGUAUUAAAGUGAAGAGCAGCAGCUAGCAGUCUCCAGGCCAUACCAAGCCACUUUCUAGCUAAUGAUUAUUCUCGUCGCAGAGGUGACUGGGGUGGGAGGCACAAAUGGUUAUGGGAUGUGACUUGACAGCAGAUUGCCUUCAUGGAUGAAUUUUUGGGCCUUCACUCCUUCGUCAAAGUGGCUUCCUGGCAAAUCUUGUUUGCCAGCUAUGCAAGCUCUUGAUCCCAUGGAAAGCCCUCGGCUUCAGAGUCAAGGGAGGCUCCUAGCUUGAAGUUGGAAAGCUUAUUAGCAACUUUACAUUAUUAGGCUACAUUAUCAAAGUAUUUGUAUCACGGCCUGACACCGUAUGCCAAUGAAUUUGAUUUACAGGGGAACCUUGGUUCUCGAACGCCUUGGUACUCAAACAUUUUGGCUCCCAAAUGCCGAAAACCAGGAAGUAAGUGUUCUGGUUUUGGAACGUUUUUUGGAAGCCGAACAUCCGAUGCGGUUGUCAGCUAUUGUUUCCAGGGCGCCUGCACCAAUCGGAAGCCACGCCUUGGUUUUCAAAUGUUUUAGAAGUCGAACGGACUUCUGGAACGGAUUACGUUUGAGAACCAAGGUACCACUGUAUUACAAUUCAAACACCAAUGAGGGAUUGCACUGAAAGAGCCCUUGUCAGGCUUUCCUCUCAAUCACUAGCCCAAACACACCAAGCCUCCUCACUUGGAGAUGUUUUCAAUGCAGGCGAGAUGCUCUAGGACAGCUUUCACUAACCUGGUGUCUUCCGAAUUUGUUGAAAAUCAGAUAUAUAAUCUAGGCAACAAAUGGCUCCUUAAGCCAAGGUUGCAGUCACAAAAGCGGAAUGUUUAGUUGCUGUUUUAGGGCAAGACAGUUCUAAAGUCUUGUUUUUCAAAUGAUGGACUGACUGAUUGAUUCUCAGUUGAACUUCUGGUUCUAGUUCAGAUGGCAACCUUGAACUAGGUUAACAACUUUGAGAACUGAAAGAAGGAAAGUCACUUGAUCCUGGGACAGUCCACAUAUAUUUUGUUGUAUUCCGCCCUCUUUAUCUUAACGGUCUCUGCUCCUGCUCAGGCUGCACAGAAAAAGCCAUUUGGUUCCAGAAAUUCAUUCCGUGUGUGCGGAUAAAAUAUAGCUGAUAGAAUUCUACAAGGUGGCGUGUUCGUCGAUGAAAACCGUCUAGAUCCAAUGAUCCCCAGAUGGUGGCAAUGUCCUAGCACCCAGGCAUAUCCACUUGGUUGCAAGUGGUUGAAAGCAAAAUAUGUCUGGCGUCUGGCUAAUUUCAGACACCGGUUGGACUGCAAGUCCCAUCAGUCCUAGCUAGUGCAGCCUGACAGCACCAGGUUGUCAAAGACUGCUCUAGGAUAUAUUCUUUUGAAUGUCUUGUCCGUGGGUGUUGGCAGUGUUUGCGGAGCCUUUGUGAACACGAGUGCGCCUUGAGUGUCUCUAGGCAAAUAACCAUCACAGCUGGAUUUGUCUUUACAGGGAGCACCCAGAUAAUGAACGAGUGGGCCUGAGCAAGGACAACUUGCUGAUGAGAGGAUGCACCAUCAGAAAUACAACAGUUGUUGUUGGCAUUGUGGUGUACGCAGGUCAGUGCCCUGGCUAGAUAUCGCUGGUUUGCACAGCCUGAGAAAUGAAGCCGUUCAUUGCCAUCCCUGGCAAACACAAAGGGUUGUCCACAACGUUACUCAGAGUAAACCCAAUGCCAAUUUAUGCCAAUGAAUCUCAGGGGAUUCUACUCCUGUGGAAUGCUCUCCCCAGGGAGGUUUGGCCGGUGCCUUCGUUACAUAUCUUUAGGCGCCAGGCAAAAAGUUCCUCUUCAUCCAGGCCUUGGGGCUGAUUGAUAUCUGAUGCCCUUUUUAAGUGGGAGGGUGGAUUAUUGGUUUGUCAUUGUUCUUAUUUUUGCUAUGUGUUUCAUAUUGUAAACCGCUCCGUGAUCUACAGAUGAAGGGUGGGACACAAAUUUAAUAAAAAAUAAGUAAUAAUAAAAAUAAUGCUCUAAGGGUUUGGUUUGGUGCAGCCUAAUACUUUGUGCGAUAAAGUCUAUUCUAGGGGUGUAACUGUUAAAUAUAGAGGAUUAAUCCAUUAUGAUGCCAAGUGAAGGUUGGAAAGGAGGUCCAAUAAAUAGCAAAGGCUCCUAAAAUCAGUGUCUCCUCACAUCAAUUUCCCCUCCUCCCAGUUGUUCCACAGAAUUCUUUAUAUAAAGAUCAAUAUUUAAAACAUUCCUGUUCCCCCCUCCAGUUCAAAAUGUCCUGGGCAUUUCAUAGCCAUAAAACAGUUUACAGCAAUAAAAAGCACAGUGCUAUAAUUUUAUCAUAGUGGGUUAAAAAAACAACAACUGCAAAGUUGUUAAUCCUUGGGAAAUAAAAAGGAUUUUGCCAGGCAUGUAACAGACGUUAAUGUCUUAGGCUCUAGGCUAGCCUCCCUGGAGUGUGUGUGUGUGUUUGACAACUAGGGCGCCAUAAACAAAAAUGCCCUCUUUCCAAGGAGCUACUGGGAACAGAGCCUGCCCCUAUUUGCAUAGCAUCCAGGUUUUGGUUUUUGUUUUACAGUGGUGCCCCGCAAGACGAAUGCCUCGCAAGACGGAAAAACCGCUAGACGAAAGGGUUUUCCGUUUUGAAGUUGCUUCACAGGACGAAUUCCCCUAUGGGCUUGCUUCGCAAGACGAAAAUACCUUGCGAGUCUUGAGGUUUUUUUUUUCGCUUUUCCCCCCCUUUAUCUAAUCUGCUAAGCCUUUAAUAGCCUUUAAUAGCCUUUUAGCAGCUAAUCCCCUAAGCCUUUAAGCCUUUAAUAGCCGCUAAACCGCUAAUAGCGCUAAUAGUGCUAAUCCGUCAAUGGGCUUGCUUCGCAAGACGAAAAAACCGCUAGACGAAGACUCUCGUGGAACGGAUUAAUUUCGUCUUGCGAGGCACCACUGUACUUCUUGGUCAAAUGGGAGUAGCGAUGGGCAACUGGAAAGCCCAAGGAAUCAGUCUGGCGCAGAUGACACAGUGUGACUGUCUGAAGAAGCAACUUCCUCCCCAGCCCAUUAUUUAACUCAAACUACUUCCUUAAGCUACCACAGGCCUUCUGCAGCUUUGAUUUCUGCCUGCCUGGCUAUAUGCUGACUCUGCGUAGCUACCAUCAGGCGUCCAAGUAGGGAAUUUUGGCCCUUGGGAUUUCCUCCACCCUCCUCCAGUCCAAGCGGCCAUUUGUAUCUAGUAAGCAUCAUGGGACUCGGUGGCCAAAUUUUGCAAAAGUUAUAACAAUCAGUGUCUAUCCUUGGCCCCGGCGGGGUGCAGUUUUAAUUGUUUCAGUUUGCAUUAAAAGCUCUGACGUGUUUUGUGUUGUCAAAAGGUCACGAAACCAAGGCAAUGUUAAACAACACAGGGCUUCGGUACAAGCGAAGUAAGCUAGAGAAGAGCGUAAACAAAGACAUCAUCUGGUGUGUUCUGCUUCUAGUUGUGAUGUGCUCUAUAGGGGCCGUGGGUAAGUGAAGAGUUAAGAUCCACUCUACAAAAUAGGAUAUUCUCUCUCUAUACGUCUGUUUGGGACUCUAUGCUUUAAGGGUUUUUCGAAUGGAGUUUAGCAUUUUUAUUUUUAUUUUUGGGUCCCAAGACCUUACGUUGCCUGAGGUGAAAAGCAAAAUGGUGUCUCUCCCCACUGGGAUUCCAUGCACGGAAGUUGACCAGACUGGCAACCGAUUCUUAUUUCAACACUGCAGAUGGGACAAUAGGGGUUCAAUCUGCAUCCUAAGUGUCCUCUAUUUGACUCCCGUUUAUGGAGAGCUCUAUCCUGAAGCGCCGCUUUUAGUUGUAUGAUUUACAGUGGCCGUAUCUGUGCCAUACAUUGGAAUUACAGUGGUACCUCGCAAGACGAAUGCCCCGCAAGAUGGAAAACUCGCUAGACGAAAGGGUUUUUGGUUUUUUGAGUUGCUUCGCAAGACGAUUUUCCCUAUGGGCUUGCUUCGCAAGACGGAAACGUCUUGCAAGUUUGUGUCCUUUUUCUUAAAACCAUUAAUACAGUUGCGACUUGACUUCGAGGAGCAACUCAUAGCACGUGGUGUGGUAGCCUUUUUUGAGGUUUUUGAAGACUUUGGUGAUUUUUGAAGCUUUUCCAAAACUUUUCUGACACCGUGCUUCGCAAGACGAAAAAAACGCAAGACGACAAAACUCGCGGAACGAAUUAAUUUCGUCUUGCGAGGCACCACUGUAGUCUUGUACCGCUUUUAACAGUCACGGAUUUCCCCCAAAGAAUCCUGGGAACUAUAGUUUGCUAAAGGUCCUGAGAGUUGUUAGGAGGCCCCUGUUCCCAGCUACAGUUCUCAAGAAUGGUUUAACAGCCAGUCCCUCUUCCCAGGGACCUCUAGGAAAUCACCUGUGUGAGGGGAAUAAGGGUCUCCUAACAACUCUCAUGAUAGGGACGCGGGCGGCGCUGUGGGUUAAACCACAGAGCCUGGGACUUGCCGAUCACAAGGUCGGCGGUUCAAAUCCCUGUGACGGAGUGAGCUCCCGUUUCUCGGUCCCUGCUCCUGCCAACCUAGCAGUUCGAAAGCACACCAGUGCAAGUAGAUAAAUAGGUACCACUCCGGCGGAAAGGUAAACGGCAUUUCUGUGCGCUGCUCUGGUUCACCAGAAGCGGCUUAGUCAUGCUGGCCACAUGACCCAGAAGCUGUACGCCGGCUCCCUCUGCCAAUAAAGCGAGAUGAGCGCCGCAACCCCAGAGUCGGCCAAGACUGGACCUAAUGGUCAGGGGUCCCUUUACCUUUAACAACUCUCAUAUCACCUUUAACAAACUACAUUUCCCAGGGUUCUUUGCUGAAUGCCUGAUUCUGCUUUCAGUGUAUAAUGCAGAUGGGGCUGCUAUGAAAGUAUCACUGGCUUCAUUUGCCAUCAUAACGUAGAGGCACAUGUUUUUCCUGUAGAAGCUCCCAGGUUUGAUUCCUGCUAUCACCGGUUACAAUGAUCAGGCAUCAGAUUAUAUAAAUACAGCUGCAGCUGCUUUGAAAUCUCAAAUACUUAUUUCAUUGUUCUGCUGGUGUAUAAAUAAAGUGAAUAACACAAGCCUUGCAUGAUUUUUCAUCCGCAUUGUAUAUUUAAAGCGCACAGCUCUGCCCCGAAGAACCCUGGGAACUGUAGUUCAUUAAGGGUGCAAGGAACCAUAGCUAUGUGAAGGGGUAAACUACAAUUCCCAUGAUUCUUUUUUUUUGGGGGGUUGCUUUAAAUGUACAGCAUCUGAAUGUGUUAUAGGUUUCUGAAAGUAUAGCAAGUUAAUAGUACCAUGUGCUCUGAGGCAUUUUUGCUCAGAAAAAAAAGUCAUGCUGAAUCUAGUGAGAGUUUUUUAACCAGGGAGCAUGUAUAGGAUUGGGGGACGCGGGUGGCGCUGUGGUCUAAACCACAGAGCCUAGGACUUGCCUAUCAGAAGGUUGGCAGUUCGAAUCCCCGCGACGGGGUGAGCUCCCGUUGCUCGGUCCAUGCUCCUGCCCACCUAGCAGUUUGAAAGCACGUCAAAGUGCAAGUAGAUAAAUAGGUACCGCACCGGCGGGAAGCUAAAUGGCGUUUCCGUGCACUGCUCUGGUUCGCCAGAAGCAGCUUAGUCAUGCUGGCCACAUGACCCGGAAGCUGUCUGUGGACAAACACCGGCUCCCUCAGCCUAUAGAGCAAGAUGAGCGCACAAUCCCAGAGUUGUCCACGACUGGACCUAACGGUCAGGGGUACCUUUAACUUUACUUUUAUGUAUAGGAUUGCAACCUUCAUCAGCUUAUUUUUUAGAUGAUUUUUAAAAUAUAAAGCCAGGGCAGUUUAGAAGCUGAUUGAUAACUUUGUUGUCUGCGUUCUCCAACCUGGUGCCCUCCAGAUCAGCAGGGCCUGACGAGAGUUGUCCAAAACUUCUAGAGGAGGCACCAGGUUGGGGAAGCCUGUACUACUCUGGUCACUGCCUUGGAACGCAGUGCCAUUCAUAGUUUUGAUUUUGUUAAUGGAUUCUUUAUCUUCUUUUUAAAAAGGUCACGGGUUUUGGCUAGGUGCCCAUCCAGACCCACCUCUCUAUAGUAGCGGGAAGCAAAUUGCUCCAGCAAUGGGAGCGUUUUUUAUGUUCUGGACAAUGAUAAUUUUAUUGCAGGUAAGUUCAUGGUUUGGUUGCUGCUGCGUUCUUUAAUACUACUGUACUAGAAAGCCAAAGUAACUUGAAUUUAGUAGGUGUGUUCCAGAGCUGCUUUUUUUUUUUUAAAAAAAGAAUUGUAGAACUGUGGAAGGGAUAUCGGAGCUUGUCUAGUUCUGCUCAGUGCAGGAUCUGUAAUGCAAGGUGCAACUUCCCUGACAUAUGGCCAUCCAACCAUCUGGACGCCCCCUUGUUUCUCCACACCCUUCUUAAAAUGUUGCGCACUGAACCUAGAGGCAGUACUCUGGAUGCAACUGAGGAGUACAGAAAUAAUAAUAAUUAUAAAUAGAACGGAACUACUGCCUCUUGUGAUCUGGGCAUUGUACUACUGGAAAAGCAGCCAAAAAUUGGAUUAGUGUUUUUUCAGCACUCAUGUUAUACGGGUGGCUCAUAGUCAAUUUAGGAUCAGCUGAGAUGCUUAGAUCAGGAUUAGCCAAUGGGCUGCCCUUGGGAUGUUGUGGACUACAGCUGCUGUUGGCCAUAGGCAGCAUGGCCAAUGGGCAGGAAUGAUGGCUGUAUCACCUAUAAGUUUCAUAGUCGACAACAUCUGGAUGACACCACAAUGGUAAUCCCUGGCCUAGAUCUUUUAUACAUUCUCGUUGUUCUUUUGUAGCUAAAUUCAGGACUUUGCAUAUACAGAGGUCUCCUCGCUUACGUGUUUUUGACUCCCGCGCGUAUAUGUGCAGUGCUGGGAAAUAGUUAAAUCAAUCUAUUUUAACUGCAAAAAAAAGGCAAAAACGGCCUGAAUAGAGCAGAAAAACCAACUACCAAUCGAGGAGCAUUUGCACCAACCUUUCAGUCUCAUUUUUAAUAGUGUUUUUCAAGGUUUCCCAGAGGUUUUGAUGAUGUUUACAAGCUUUUUAGACGGUGCUCCCCACUGUAUGUGAUUUCACGUCUACAUGUACCACCUGGGAAUGUAACCCCCGCAUUAGUGGGGAGACACCUACAUCAUAGUUGGGUAACAGUCUUGAGUUCUUAUUUUAAUCCUGGUUCUGUCUACUGCCAAGCUGGUUGUCCCAGCUUUGUAUCAGCUGCAUAUUUGAUAAACAUCUGGCUACAGGAUCUGAUAAACAUCUGUAGGAUCUGAUUUCUUUCCGCAGGGCCUGUAAGACAGAGUUGUUCCGCCUGGCCUUUGGCUUGGAAUCAACUUGAUCCCCUCCCCCUCUUUCCUUUUUCCUUUCUCCUUCUGUGAUGGAACUCCUAAUUGGGGACUUGCCUGGCUUUUUUCUGGCCCACGUAGGACCAGUCUGGAUAGUUGGCCUUGGUGAAGACUUGACGUUUUCAUCCCCAAAAAAGUUUUUGAUUUGAGUUUCUACUGCAAUGAGGCUGCAUUUUAAUGUUGCAUUUUAAUCUUAUUUUUAAGUUGUAUUUCAAUCAAUUGUUUUUAUAUCUGGUGUUAGCUGCCCUGAGCCCGGUCUUGGCUGGGGAGGGCGGGAUAUAAAUAAUUUUUUUUAUUAUUAUUCUAUUACAUCCUUUUCCAAGUCACUUAAAGAACCCUGUGGCACUUCACUUGGGACCUUUAUCCAAGUUAAUGUGGCUCUAUUAACAAGCAGUAGUUGGGUGCAGUUGUUCAACCAGCUGUAAGUUAACCUAACAUUAAUCUUGGCAAGCCUAUGACAGACUUUCUCAAAUGAUUUGCUGAAAUCAAGAUACACUAUGCCCACGGCCUUCUCACGGUCUGCCAAAGCAGUAACUAUUGAAACAACAGAUGUAGUUGGUCUAGGAUGACUUAUUUUUGAUAACGCCAUACUGUCCCUCUUCUGUUGAUUUUUAGCAAGAUACACCCUUCCGCUAAUCGACUCCAGUCAUGAGUCUCAUUCCACCGAGUCUCAGUGAUCCCUGUCGGAUCAACCUUACCCCCUCAUAUUAGGAUUUCGGGUUCAUUUUCUGGUGCACUGACCUCGUGAGCAAGCCAUACUAAAUCCGCUUCUUGCCUUGACAGGUUUUGAUCCCGAUUUCUCUUUAUGUCUCCAUUGAAUUUGUCAAAUUGGGGCAAAUCUAUUUCAUCCGGAAUGAUCUUGAUUUGUACCAUGAACCGACGGACACCGGGAUCCGGUGUGGAUCGCUGAAUAUUGCCGAAGACCUUGGGCAGAUUGAGUACGUUUUCUCUGAUAAGACCGGAACCCUCACUGAGAACAAAAUGGUUUUCCGAAGAUGCAGCAUUGCAGGGAUGGAAUAUGGUCAUGAAGAGAACGGUAAGGCUGAGGGAGAAAGCUGCUUUUGUGCCAGGACUGCAGUCUCGGGCGUCAAUCCUAAACACACUUGGCUUACACCUAAGUGCAAAAGAUUGCACUUUGCUAAGGCUGCAAUUCUACAAGUACCGUAGAUUCCGGCGUAUAAGACGACUUUUUCACCCCGGAAAAGAGGUUAAAAAGUCGGGGGUCGUCUUAUACGCCGGGUAUAGCUUUCUCCCGGCACAGAGCCCGCCCACUGCUGCUGCCCAGCGUACAAGACUGGGCUUAUAAGACGAACCCCCAAAUUGGCAGCUGCCAAUUUGGGGUGUCGUCUAAUACGCCCAGUCGCCUAAUAUGCCAGAAUCUACGGUAGUCUUGGAAGGAAACCCCCCAGUGGGCUAUACUGCUGAGCUGUUUCUUUCCUAGACUAACAGUCUAGGAAACUGCAUUCCUUAACAUUCUUACUUGGAAGGAAAUAAUUCUGCGAGCAGUGUUACUAACCUCUUGAGUAAAGGAGGCUAAAGUUUAGGCUGUUGACCCCUAGUUCUGCAUGUGUGUGUACAUGAUUGCCAAGGACAGAGGAAGGGAGGUGCGGUGGGGACAGGCCGCCCCAGGUGUCACCACUGAGGGGGGGUGACAAAAUGCUGGACAGCACUCACAGCAGGGCCUGCAGCGCGCUCGAGCCACGCAUUGCUCCUGGGAGUGACGCGAUGGCUUGGGCGCCCGCAGGCUCCGCGCUGCCCCAGGUGAUCCGCCCACCAACUCCCCCUCAGUUGUAGGGCGGCUGAGUGGGAGGAGGCAGGGAGACUCCUUGGAGGACCCACAGAGCGUCUUGCCUCGGCUCGCCCCACCCCCAUGAGCGGCUGGCCCUGCCUCUGGGCACAGGGCAUGCACGCUACCCGAGGCGCCCGAUUGGCUUGCUCUGCCGCUGAUGAUUGCACUGCCUCUAGUCUGAAUCGAAGGACCCAUGCUACUGGUUUCUUGUGUCCAGUGGGACUUUUGAAAGUGCCCCCCUGGGAAUAACAGAAGCCGUUUGCCGUGUCCCAUAGAUCAAGCAUGCUGUUGUUGCAGGUGUAGGGGUAGUUAAAAAUCACAUUGGGCGUAUGCAAUGCUUUGGAAGCCUAAAGCAGCUCUUGGCUUUCUGUCCUAUACAUUUAAACAGUAUCAACUGUCUCGUUGUUGUUGUUGUUGUUCCCCACCCCUCUGGCUGGGUUGCCGCAGCCAUUCUGGGCGGCUUCCCACACAUAUACGGUAUUGGCCCGAAUAUAAGCCGCACCCAAAUAGAAGCUGCACCUUUAAAAUUCAAGGGGGUAAAAGAAAAAAAAGACAAUACCUCGGGUUGAAGUAGCUUCGGGAUGAGUAUUUUCGGGUUGCACUCCGUGGUGAUCUGGAAGUAACAGAGCGUGUUACUUCCGGGUUUUGCCACAUGCGCAGACACUCAAAAUGACGUCACGCGCAUUCAUGGAAGCGGAGACUCACGACCCACAGACACGGGUUGCGUUCGCUUCAGGAUGCGAACGGGACUCUGGAACAGAUCCCAUUCGCAUCCAGAGGUACCAAUGUACUCGAAUAUAAGCCGCCCCCUUAAAAAUCCGCAGGCACUCACACCCAUUCCAUUUUACUGUAUGUCUGUUUCAGCAGCAAUAUCGUAAAAGCCCAUUUUAGUAAGGUCACGAAUUUAAGCCGCACUUUAACUUUUCAUGGUCGGAAUUGGGGGGGGGGGGGCGUGAGACUUAUAUUCAAGCCAAUACGGUAAAAACAUAAUAAAACAUCAAACAUUAAAAACUACCUGAUCCAGGGCUACCUUCAGGUGUCUUCUAAAAGUUGUGUAGUUCUUUAUCUGAUGGCAGGGCGUUCCACAGGGAGGGUGCCACUGCCAAGAAGGCCCUCUGCCUGGUACCCUGUAACUUCACUUCUUGCUGUGGGGGAACUGCCAGAAGGUAUUCGGAGCUGGACCUCAGUGGUAUUCAGGCUGAAUGAUGGGGAUUUAGAUGCUCCUUCAGGUAUACUGGACCGAGGCCAUUUAGGGCUUUAAUGGUCAGCGCCAACACUUUGAAUUGUGCUCAGAAACGUAUUGGGAGCCAGUGACGAGCAUCUUAUUACAGUCCCUGUGGCAUCUCUUUAGUAGUCCACUUUUUGGUCCACCUUUUCAUGUUCUGUGCUCAUUACUUGUAGUCUGUAUAAAAGGAUGCGCUAGAAAGCGACAGGUAUUGUUGGGCCUGUAAACACAAAAUUCUUAAAAAUAUGGAGUAUGCCUUUUUAUCCCACGCAGGCUCACACUGCUUUGCCGUGGGGCCCUGUGCAUGCUAAGGAAAUUCAUAAAACCUUGAUUAGGAUGGAACCAUAGAAAUGAAACUAUUACUUAAAGGGAAGUAAUAGUGCCACUGUAUUCUGCUCUGGUCAGACCUCACCUGGAGUACUGUGUCCAGUUCUGGGCACCACAGUUCAAGAAGGACACUGACAAACUGGAACGUGUCCAGAGGAGGGCAACCAAAAUGGUCCAAGGCCUGGAAACGAUGCCUUAUGAGGAACGGCUAAGGGAGCUGGGCAUGUUUAGCCUGGAGAAGAGGAGGUUAAGGGGUGAUAUGAUAGCCAUGUUCAAAUAUAUAAAAGGAUGUCACAUAGAGGAGGGAGAAAGGUUGUUUUCUGCUGCUCCAGAGAAGCGGACACGGAGCAAUGGAUCCAAACUACAAGAAAGAAGAUUCCACCUAAACAUUAGGAAGAACUUCCUGACAGUAAGAGCUGUUCGACAGUGGAAUUUGCUGCCAAGGAGUGUGGUGGAGUCUCCUUCUUUGGAGGUCUUUAAGCAGAGGCUUGACAACUAUAUGUCAGGAGUGCUCUGAUGGUGUUUCCUGCUUGGCAGGGGGUUGGACUCGAUGGCCCUUGUGGUCUCUUCCAACUCUAUGAUUCUAUGAAACUGUAAACAUGCAUAUUGCAGGUUUUCAUCCAUUCAGUCAUAUAUAUACAUAUUUAUCAGUAAGGCUCGUAUUGGGUAAAUUAAGCUGUGCUCGUUCAUGUACUAGAUGUACUUUAUAAAUCAGUCUAGCUCUGCAGUGAUCAUUGAAGACGUUUACCCUUUCAAGCAGCAAGGCCUAAAUCUGCAUGAAAUCACAAACCAAAUCCAUGACAACGGAGGAUGACUCACUGCGCAGUCCCCAUGUAAACUGGCCGGUGUAUCUGAGGCCGUUCAUUUAGGAAGACGGCGAUGCCCUCCAGUGGCUGCAUUGGGAAAUUGGUUGUAAUCAAACAAGCAAAUGCCAGAAAUGUAACUCUGGAAAGCUUUGUGUGCAAGUUUCAGUAAUACUGCUAGGAUAUGCAUGCAGCAAAAGAUGGCAUUGUUGAAGAUUCAAGCACAUAUCAUAUAAAUACUAUCAGUGCUUUUUUUCUGGAGAAAAAGGUGGGGGAACUCACUAUGAAGUUUGUUUGUUUGUUUGUUUGUUUGUUUGUUUGUUUGUUUACCCAUGUACAGUGCCUUCCCACCCCACCCUGGGCAGUGGCUAAAUGUAAGAUAUGAUUAAUAAACUCAAGCAGACAAUGAUCUGGAUUAGAAAUGGCCACAACUGUAUUGAUUACAGAUAUAAGUGGAUUUUGUCUUUUUAUAUAUGUUGGAAGCUGCCCAGAGUGGUAGUUCCUGCUAAAAAACCCAACCCCUGAAUAUUAUAAUCACAUCAGAAUAUUUCUGACCGCUAUUAAAGAAAGAAAUAGAGAUGGGAAGUCACUGUUUUUGUUGUUUUGCAGCUCUUCGUAAUUCUGUAACUUGGUAAAUAGAAGAGGAUCCUUGGUUGUAGAUCUGAGUUUUGACUCCCCCCCCCCAUGUGAAAUGCCAAAUACAGUCGUACCUUGGUUCUUGAACGGAAUCCAUUCCAGAAGUCUGUUCGACUUCCAGAAACGUUCAAAAACCAAGGCACGGCUUCCAAUUGGCUGCAGAAGCUUCCUGCACUCAAGCCGAAGCCGCAUUGGGCUUCCAAAAAACGUUCGAAAACCAGAACACUCACUUUUGGGUUUGCGGUGUUCGGGAGCCAAAAUGUUCAAGAAAUAAGCUGUUCAAAAACCAAGGUACGACUGUACAAUUCAUGGGAGGAAGUCCACUAGGACAAGGAAUCCCUUGCUUUUGCUUUCACUGUUGACUUGGGACUGCUAAAAUGGAGGUCCAGUUGAGUAUCUCGAAGGUCAUAAUACAAAGACCAGCGGCAAGUGGCUGCUGCUCAUAAUGGCUGUAUUUGUUUAUUUCGUACCACCUGAGGCUCCAUGAUGCAGGAAAGGUGGGGGUAGAACUAAUAAAUACAUUGAAUUCCUUGAGUUGAGAAUAUGGGACCAGUCAUAGAUUCACUAUUUUACUUUAAAGAAUCGUGUGGGUGAUCUCUUUCUCUCUGUCUGUCUAGCUAAGAGGCUAGAAUCAUACCUAGAUUAUGAUGAUGAAGAAGAUGAAGAAGGAAUACGCACUUCAUAUUCCUCUUUGAAGCGUCCGUCAAGGUUUUCCACCUGCAAAUCGGGUUAUUUCCAGAGUACAAAGUCUUUGAGCCGCUUGUUUAGCUCCACCUCCGCCUUGAGAACUAGUAUAUCGCGCACGACACAAAUGGCCUUCAGCAGCCCAAUUGUAAGUGUGUUCCUUGAGCCUAUGCGGGACUUGUGUGGGGGCUUCUGGCUGACCUGUUCAUACAUAUCUAUGCAGGGACAUGAGUGGUGCUGUGGUCUAAACCACUGAACCUCUGGGGAAGGGGUCAGCAACCUUUUUCAACCGCGGGCCAGUCCAUGUGGUGGGCCGGACUAUAUUUGGGGGGGGGAUGAAUGAAUUCCUAUGCCCCACAAAUAACCCAGAGAUGCAUUUUUAAUAAAAGCACACAUUCUACUCAUGUAAAAACACCAGGCAGGCCCCACAAAUAACCCAGAGAUGCAUUUUAAAUAAAAGGAAACAUUUUAUUCAUGUAAAAACAUGCUGAUUCCCGGACCGUCCGCGGGCCGGAUUUAGAAGGCGAUUGGGCCGCAUCCGGCCCACAGGCCUUAGGUUGCCUACCCCUGCUCUGGGGCUUGCCAGUCAGAAGGCUGGCAGUUCGAAUCCCCAUGACAGGAUGAGCUCCUGUUGCUCUGUCCCAGCUCCUGCCAGCCGAGGAGUUCGAAAGCACACCAGUGCAAGUAGAUAAAUAAAUACCGCUGCGGUGGGAAGGUAAAUGGCGUUUCCGUGUGCUCUGGUUUCUGCCGCGGUGUCCCAUUGCGCCAGAAGCGGUUUAGUCCUGCUGGUCACAUGACCCGGAAAGCUGUCUGUGAUCAAACACCGGCUCUCUCGGCCUGAAAGCAAGAUGAGCACCGCAACCGCAUAGUUGCCUUUGACUGGACUUAACCGUCCAGGGGUCCUUUACAUAUCUAUGCAGUUCUCACAAUCCCAAAGUAACCUGGCAGUGGCUGUUUCACAAGACUCUUCUAAGCAAUCCAUCUGCAGCAAGGGAUGAUUUUUUUGCAGGAAGAACUUUGAGCCUUUCAGCCUCGGUCUCCAAUGGCAUGCAGUUACACUGGAAUGUUCAUUAUAUUUAUCACUCCUUGCUGUGUUUUAAUGAUUGAUCAGUGGUUUUCUGAUGACUUUUAAAUGUCAUAAUGCUCAUUUGAUGAAACGUAGUUAUUUGUCGGAUUGCCUUGUUACGUUUUGAAACAAUUUAGUACUUGAUUGCUGUUGUAGCGCUGUACGGAUUUGCAUUUUUGUUGUUGUUGUGAGAUGCUGGAGAAGUAGCCUGCGCACUUGAGUUAUAAAUGAAUAAAAUUUCUGAAAAGCUGAGUCUUCCAGGAGCGUGGGCUCAUUCCACCUUUGGGGAAGGCGAAGAUACCGUAUUUUUUGCACCAUAACACUCACUUUUUUCCUCCUAAAAAGUAAGGGGAAAUGUCUGUGCGUGUUAUGGACGGAAUGCCUACGGGUGGCAUGCCUACGGAUUUUCCUCCUCUAAAAACUACGUGCGUGUUAUGGUCGGGUGCGUGUUAUAGAGCGAAAAAUACGGUAAUUUCGACGAGAACCUUACCGUCCUUGUUUUUGCUUGACCAACAAGGAGACUGAUGUUGUGCCAGAUGAACUCCUUGAAAGGAAGUUGAGGAGGAUCACUUUCAAAUCCUAUACAAUAUCUGAGACGGUAGGGCUAACCCCAGAGAUAGUGUACAUCGCCGAAUUCUUCAUCGCUCUGUCGAUUUGCAACACUGUCGUUGUUUCAACGCCUGAUCAACCACAGCGAAAGGUAAGGCAGGGGAGAAACUAGAGAUGCUGCUGGUGCUUAUAUAUGUGUGUGUGUAUAAUGUGUGUGUAGUAAUUAUUAUUAUUAUUAUUUAUUUAUACCCCGCCCAUCUGGCUGGGUUUCCCCAGCCGCUCUGGGCGGCUCCCAACAAAUAUUAAAAACACGAUAAAAGAUCAAACAUUAAAAACUUCCCUAAACAGGGCUGCUUUCAGGUGUCUUCCAAAAGUCAUAUAGUUGUUUAUUUCCUUGACAUCUGAUGAGAGGGCGUUCCACAGGGCGGGCGCCACUACCGAGAAGGCCCUCUGCCUGGGCGGCCACUCUCAGUCACCAGUCUUGCUGCCACAAUCUGGAUUAGUUGUAGUUUCCGAGUCAUCUACAAAGGUAGCCCCACGUAGAGUGCAUUUCAGUAGUCCAAGCGGGAAAUAACUAGAGCAUGCAUCACUCUGGCGAGACAGUCUGCGGGCAGGUAGGGUCUCAGCCUGCGCUCCAGAUGGAGCUGGCAGCCAGCUGCCUGCACACAGAUAUGCUCUGCAGCACACCGCAGCCUGGCUAUUGAAUAGUAAUAACUCUGUUUAGUGCCUUGCAGCCUUGGUUACACUGAGGGGAGACGAGCCGUCAUUUAUAAAUGAUGACCGUUGGCUUCUCAUGUUUCCUUAGGGCAGGGAUGGGGAACCUGUGGCCCUCCAGAUGUUGCCUGAAUCCAGCUCCCAUCUUCCCUCACCAUGCUGACCGGGACUGAUGGGAGUUGAAAUCCACCAGCGUCUCGAGAGUCACAGACUGAGCACCUCUGGCUUUAAGAAAAGAAAACACUGUUUUGGUGGUGCCUUGUGGUCCGGUGAGUUUAUGCAUAGUGUGCAGAUGUCAGGGGCUGGACUGAGGAGGAACGGUGGAGACCGCCCCUCCCUUCUCCUGAACCUUUCCGAGAACAGGAGAACAGUAUAGAUUUAGAACAGUGAUUUGCAGAAGGGCACACAGAGGGGAGAAGCUGGGAGAGGAAUAGCAGGAAGAAGAAGAAGCACCAGGGGAGAGAGAGCUGACAGACUCGGUGUCUCUGGAAAGCAUUCCAGACCCCAGCCCACCCCCUCCCAGGACCCGGCAGGCGUUGAGAGUAGGAGAACAGAAAGCUCAGAAGCAGAAAGCACAGAUCAGCCAAUGUAGGGAUGAUGUAUAAUAGGAGAGAUGAAGAGGGGUGGGACUUCACUUGGAGCAACAUCAUUAUCCACCAGAGAUGGCAUUUCUGUCUGUCUCUCUGUGAAUAUUGAAUAAAAGGCUUGGUAAGAACUCUUCAGGGGAUGCGGGUGGCGCUGUGGGUUAAACCACAGCGCCUAGGGCUUGCCGAUCAGAAGGUCGGCGGUUCGAAUCCCCGCUAUGGGGUAAGCUCCCGUUGCUCAGUCCCUACUCCUGCCAACCUAGCAGUUCGAAAGCACAUCAAAGUGCAAGUAGAUAAAUAGGUACUGCUCCGGUGGGAAGGUAAACGGCGUUUCCGUGCGCUGCUCUGGUUCGCCAGAAGCGGCUUAUCAUCAUGCUGGCCACAUGACCUGGAAGCUGUAUGCCGGCUCCCUUGGCCAAUAAAGCGAGAUGAGCGCCGCAACCCCAGAGUCAGUCACGACUGGACCUAAUGGUCAGGGGUCCCUUUACCUUUACCUUUAAGAACUCUUCUUGUUUAUCUGAUUCUUGGCUGCCCACCAUGGAGGGAUCCGAUUCCCUGGAACCUGACAACAGCUAGUAAAAAUUAGACGAGAACCAAUGUGGAUCUUUUUUUAAUAUAUAGAGCAGUGGUUCUCAAAGUGGGUGAUACCCAGUUGUAGGACGUAGGUAGAAAUAUAGAUACAUAAAAGAAUGCAAAUUUGUCACUGGAUCUUUCUGUUUGUCCGCUUUAAGAAGGUAGAUUUCCAGGGGUGUGCUGAGUAAUUAUUAUUUUUUUCUGAAAAGGGGGCCAAAUAAGUUUGGGAACCUCUGAUAUAGAGUGACUUUUUUAUACUGGACCAGGUAAGUCUGAAUAAUAGGCUGCUGAGGCUUUUAAAAGGCCACAGAAACCUCCUCUGCUGUUGCAAAGAGUCACUGUGCUGAUUUUGUGUCUGUUUCAGACUAUUUAGACACUAAAUAGUCACUGUUUAUACUUUUUACAUUUCAGCUCCCCUCAGCUCACUGCUUUCAAUUCUGCCCUCUCCUAUACUGUAGGUGGCAAUGUGUAAAGCCAAAAUUGCGUUUACUCAAAACAACCCCCUGGAAUUGCUCCCACAAAAACUAUCUUACCUUCUUGGAGCCAGUGCGAGAUCUCGUGAGGCCCUCCGAAAUCUCGUGAGAGCCUCCCACAGCCCGGCAAGCAAGGCAAUGAGCUUUUAAGCUCUCUGCCUUUUGUGCAUUUAAUUUGUGGGAUUUCAACCAGACUCUGGCUGCCAAGAGUGUAAAGUUGAAAUUCCACAAGUUAAAUUCACGCAAAUUGCGAUCCGAUUUCUUCUGCAACUGAAGGUCACACUUUGUGCAUUUGACGAAGCGGACAUUAGUCCACAAAAGCUUAUGUCAUAAGUCAUUUAGUCUUUUUAGUGCCACAAGUCAUUUUUAUAAAAUAAAGUCUUAAGUUACAUAAAGUAAAAAUGCUUGUAUUCAGCCCUCGUCUCUCCUGUUCAUUCUUUUCCUCUGUUCUUCCUCUCUGCUUUCAGACUUAUAUAUAUCUAUAUAGAUAUAGAUAUAUAGAUAUAGAUAAAUUUAUUAUAUAUCUAAAUAUAUAUAAAUUUUUUUCUACUGCUUUCAGACUUUAAACUGUAAGAGCCAUAGGGCUGUCAGUUGUCUCAGAAACUUUAGGAUCUCUCUCCUCAGGGAGUCUUAAGCUUUUUAUUAUUAAUUAUUAUUAUUAUUUAAAUAAUACCGCAAAAGCAGAGCAUCAACAGAAAAGAAAAAAUGAAAUUGUAAAAAAACCAGUUCAAAAACAUUGAAAACAAAUAUACUUAUUGUAUAGUACUCCCCACACCCACCCGCAACUCCCCUCUGCCACAAUUCGACUUCUUUAAAUCUCUAGCUUCACAUUUAUCCUUGCAUUCUCCAAAUGUAUCGCUAUUUGUACUUUGUACUUCUUUUAUCUCUUUUCUUCUCCCAUUCAUACAUAUACUUUACAUUUUUAUUCUAAGCAUAUUGGCAUAUCUUUCUUAGAACAAUACUUUAACAUAUAGGAGUCUUAAACUUUUAUUUCUUUUCUAAGGGAGCUUAGGAUCUGGUUUCAACAUGUUAAAAGGUGUUGGCUGUAAUACAGAGGCUUUGCUUGUCUGUUUUGUGUACAGGUCUUUGGAUUGUAUCCUUUAUGGCUGCUUAUGUUAUUAUUAUUAUUAUUAUUAUUAUUAUUAUUAUUAUUAUUAUUCCUGUUUUUACAGAGGCGAUGGACUCCCAAAAACCGAGUUCCCACUUCACACUUUAUGGACCUGAAGCAAAUUUUCCAUAAGUUAUCUGCCCGAAAAAUAAGCCCCACCUCUGCUCGAAGCUCAGGUAUAACCGAAUCAGAGUCUGAAAGCUUGCGUUCACAGAAGCUGUCCAUUUUCCGUGUGAAGUUUCCAUCAUCUCUUUCGAAUCAAAGCUCUUCGUCCGGAAGCCCAACCAGCUCCAUACUUUCAGGGCACGACCAAACAGAGACCUCGAGUAGAUCAAAAGAAUUGGCACCCGGAACCGGGGCUGGGUCAUCUCCUGAAGGCGAUCUGUUCUAUGAAGCAGAAAGCCCUGACGAAGCAGCCUUGGUUUACGCUGCCAGGGCUUACCAAUGCCGUUUGCAGUCCAGGAGUCCUGAGCUGGUGACGGUACACUUGGAACCUUUGGGACUGUUAACGUUUCAGCUGCUGCACAUCUUGCCUUUUGAUUCCGUCCGCAAACGGAUGUCCAUUGUGGUGAGGCACCCCAUUUUGAACCACAUUGUCGUCUACACCAAAGGAGCAGACUCUGUCAUGAUGGAUUUGCUGGAGAAAGACCCAACAGGUAUUUCUGAGAGCCAGUGUGGUGUAGUGGUUAAGAGCGGUAGACUCGUAAUGUGGUGAACCGGGUUCGCUUCCCUGCUCCUCCACAUGCAGCUGCUGGGUGACCUUGGGCCAGUCACACUUCUCUGAAGUCUCUCAGCCCCACUCACCUCACAGAGUGUUUGUUGUGGGGGAGGAAGGGAAAGGAGAAUGUUAGCUGCUUUGAGACUCCUGAAGGGGAGUGAAAGGCGGGAUAUCAAAUCCAAAACAGGUAUGGGGGACGCUCUAGUCAGCUUUCUAAUAAACACUGGCAAACACAGAAGCCUUUAACCUCCAAUUCAGACAUUUCAUAAACCUCAAGAGUCUGUACGUAAUCUGAGAAAUGGCCAAUGGAGUGUUGUGUCAAUCCCAUCUAGAGGCUGCCAGUCCAUGGACAACAGUGGCCAGGCUAUCUCAAUCCAGGAAUGCCCUUAAUGGUCUUACAAACUAAGGGUUGUAAAAGGCACUCCUAACAACUGAGGUCACUUGGGCCUCUAGCCAUGGUGUAUUCUGAUAGAGAUAUUGUACCCUAGUGAACAGUCGUGCCACUACAUUUUACAUGAGUUGCUGCCUUGCUGUAGGAAAACCACGUUCAUGAUCAAGGUAUCUCCACCGCCAGGCAAAAGACCUGCCCAAUGCAAGGGCCAGUAAUAUCCAAGGCAACACAAUGACAUCAACAUAAACUCUUUAUAUAGUCUAUACGGAACAUUGAGCGAUAUGAGAAACCAAACAGAAAACAUAGAACCAAAUAAACAUAAGUCUUAUAAGUCUCUGAAAUGCCAGGGCCAGUCAGUCAAGUUUAUUUACCGUUGGUCACCACAAAAAGGCAAACAAUAUUUUGGUACAUUUUAGCAUAACUAGGCCCCAGGGCACUGGACUCCAUAGAUUGCACAAGUAGCACCCGUCAAAAAAAUUUCCCUAUUAUAUCUCAGGAUCUCACUCAGAAUAUUUUACAAAGCUCCCCACCCUCAGGAAUUUGAUCCUUUUACAUAGAUGACCCCUGUGUUUAGCAUUUAACGUUUCCUGCUUUUCAUUAUCUCAAAUCUCAGGUAUUAAAAAGAUUGAUGCGCAGAUGCAAAGAAUUAAGGAGAGAACUCAGAUGCAUUUGGAUGAUUAUGCUGCACAAGGACUGCGCACUCUCUGUGUAGCUAUGAAGGUGAUAUUUCUUUUAAUGGUUAACAGUACAGAAUUGGCAAAACCUUGGUGCCAGCAAUAAAACCACUAGCACGUUUGCAAAGGGUCUGGUGGGGUUUCAGAUUGGGGGGGGCAUUGUGUUGAGAUUCCUGCAUUGCAGGGAAUUGGGCUAGAUGACACUUGCAAUCCCUCCCAACUCUACAAUUCUGCGAUUCUGUUUUUUUCUAUUCUUGAAAGAAUAGGGUGCUAUUUAUUUUACAGUUCAUUCCUAAACUGGGUGGAGGAUCAGUUGCUGCUUCCAGAGACCUGUCAUCAGAGCUUCAGAGCUGUCUGUGGGUGUAGUGGAAGGCUCCACAAUUGCUGUGGUCCUUUGCGAGUCGAGCUCUUCUCUGCUGGAGAAGCCCCUCUGUUUCUUCCUAACUCCUAGCCAGCAGAUCUGGGGUUUAGGCUCGUCCAGUUGGGUGGGGGCACCUUUUUCUCGGUUUAGGAUGUAGUCAAAGCACUGGUCAACAGAUUAUAUAUGGAAUAUUUAGAAUUUUCAAACAUACCUCUCCAUGAUCUGUGUCCAAACCACAGUUGAAAGCAUACGGAUAUGGUCUGGCCACAUGGUUUCCCAUCACAAACUGAUUUCAAAGGAAGGGCAAGUUCAUUUUCUACAAAGGGAUGGUUAAAUGAAGCCACGCCCAACAUUUAAAUGAACGAGUAAACUGCAUGCACGUGUCAGGACUUUCUUUAGCUAUUUUUUAGUAUCAAUAUUGGGAGUUUUUAGGAGGGAUUUGUUGUUAUUUUAAGCCUUUAUUUUACUUUCAAUAGAUGGCAGUGGAGGAUAGGCAGUUACAUAGCUUGAACGUUCCCCAGGAUUUUGCUCUCAAAACCUUGGUUUGACAUAAAUUGCAUUUGUCAAGCAGUGCUGUACCAGAAAAAAACUCACUUCGAGAAACAAAAAAAUAGGGAACUUGACUGAUUUGGGUGGUUUGUUGUAAUAGUGGAAGAUGCCUGUCUCAGUCGUAUAGUUCUGUAGCCAGCCCCAUUGUAACACACUCUGUUAUUCCCUUUAAAUGAAGUAAUGUUUUAAUUCUUGCAGCACCCCCAUUCUCUCAGAUACUGAGCUUGGUAGUUAUGUAAGUGACACGGGGCCACCUCCAGAAUACUGUAGAUUUGGUGUGCAUGUAUCAUUGCUAGGCAUACACUCAGUUUAUAUCCAACCUGAAAUAAUUCAGCCAGUAUAUGGUGCUGCGAGGGAAAAAGCAGCAAAGGACACCGUCUUUGUUGAGUGCAGUUCAGAAAACACAUAAAAAAGCAGGGAUGGGUGCAUUGACUGCCAGCUGGCCAGUCUAGGAGCUCAGAGUGACAAGGCGGAAGGAAGGAAGGAAAGAGUUGGCUCUGGUGUCACCUGAAGACUUGAUUAUUGUAACUCGCUCUACGUGGGGCUGCCCUUGAGACUGACCCAGAAACUCCAGCGGGUGCAGAAUGCCGUGGUGAGACUCCUUACGGGGUCCUCGCUGCGGGAUCACAUUCACCCAGCUCUAUACCAGCUGCACUGGCUCCCGGUAGAGUACAGGAUCAGGUUUAAGGUGCUGGUUUUAACCUUUAAAGCCCUAUACAGCCUAGGACCCUCAUACCUACAGGACUGCCUCUCCUGGUAUGUCCCACGGAGGACCUUACGGUCUUCAAACAAAAACAUCUUGGAGGUCUGCGGCCACAGGGAGGUUAGGCUGGCCUCAACUAGAGCCAGGGCUUUUUCGGCUGCGGCCCCGAUCUGGUAGAACACUCUGUCACAAGAGACUAGGGCCCUGCGGGACUUGACAUCUUUCCGCAGGGUCUGCAAGACAUAGCUGUUCCACCAGGCCUUUGGCCAAGGCACCAGUCCUUUGGUAAUCCUCAUAGAACUCUAGCCCAAUGGUUGCCAUUAAUUUGAUUCUGAAUUGAUUUUAGAAUGUAUUUCAAUUAAUUGAUUGUGAUUUUAUGUAAACUGUGUUACUUUUACUGUUGUUAGCCACUCUGAGCCCGGCUUUGGCUGGGGAGGGUGGGAUAUAAAUAAAAAUUUAUUAUUAUUUAUUAUUAUUAUUUGGUGCAUCAUGCUUCUGCAAGUGGAUGGCAAGUUUUCGCCUCCCUCCUUGCGCCAAAUGAUGCUGUCUUCUUGCUCUAGCCCUUAUCUCCCCCCCCACACACACCUAUUGGUAUAAUUUCCACACCUCUCCUUCUGUCACACAUUGUGUUGGCCAAAGACCGCUUGCAAAUGGUCAAAGGGACUCUUAAAAAAUAUAUCUGGAUAUAUAAUUUGCUUUAGAGAGAUGAAUGCUGUGAAUUCUCUAUUAUUUUAAAAUGGCUUUAUUUGCAUGACGUUGAUCAGUACGGUGAUGUCGGCUCUUUGCUGACUCUGCAGGUGUUGACUGAUGAGGAAUACAACGAAUGGUUAAAAGGAUAUUAUGCCGCGGAACACAACAUUGAGUGUCGGGACGAUCUGCUCCUUGAGUCGAUGCAGAAGCUUGAGAACAAAUUAACACUGCUUGGUGAGUUGGGAAGAAGAUGGGCAGCACAGUUCAAGAAGGACACUGACAAGCUGGAACGUGUCCAGAGGAGGGCAACCCAAAUGGUCCAAGGCCUGGAAACGAUGCCUUAUGAGGAACGGCUAAGGGAGCUGGGCAUGUUUAGCCUGGAGAAGAGGAGGUUAAGGGGUGAUAUGAUAGCCAUGUUCAAAUAUAUAAAAGGAUGUCACAUAGAGGAGGGAGAAAGGUUGUUUUCUGCUGCUCCAGAGAAGCGGACACGGAGCAAUGGAUCCAAACUACAAGAAAGAAGAUUCCACCUAAACAUUAGGAAGAACUUCCUGACAGUAAGAGCUGUUCGACAGUGGAAUUUGCUGCCAAGGAGUGUGGUGGAGUCUCCUUCUUUGGAGGUCUGUAAGCAGAGGCUUGACAACCAUAUGUCAGGAGUGCUCUGAUGGUGUUUCCUGCUUGGCAGGGGGUUGGACUCGAUGGCCCUUGUGGUCUCUUCCAACUAUGAUUCUAUGAUUCUAUGGUUGUUUUGCUAAACUCCUAAAUAUACAGUGGUACCUCUGGUUACAUAUGCUUCAGGUUACAUACACUUCAGGUUACAGACUCCGCUAACCCAGAAAUAGUGCUUCAGGUUAAGAACUUUGCUUCAGGAUAAGAACAGAAAUCAUGCUCCGGUGGCGCGGCGGCAGCAGGAGGCCCCAUUAUCUAAAGUGGUGCUUCAGGUUAAGAACAAUUUCAGGUUAAGAACGGACCUCCGGAACGAAUUAAGUACUUAACCCGAGGUACCACUAUAGGAGCCACUGUAUAGGCUCAAACCUUAUCAAUGAAUGCAGCUCCAUCAAAUGCACUUAGCCCAGUGGGCUUGAACAUGCUUAACAUUUGUGUUGGACUGUAUCCCCGUCUCACUUAAAUUCUCUGAAGUUGCAAAACUAAUCUAAACAUUUGUUCUGCUGCUUAAUGGGGUUCGGAAGAAGGAGCAUAAUUUUUUAGAAUGAAGAGUAGAUGACUUAGGUUCAAUCUGGUGGCUCCUGGGAGCAUUCCCUGGAGGCGAAAGUGCCACUGCGCCACCACUGAUGGCCAGCAAAACUUCUCCAGAAAUCAGCGCUGAUGGCGGAGACAGCAGGGUGUGUGGGUGCCACCUUAUGAAUUUCUGCCACCUGAGGCUGUGGCUUCACCCUGUCUAAUGGCUGGGCUGGCCCUGCCUGGGAGGGCAUCCCAGGGGCUAUCAGAUACCACAAAAUUCCCCCUCCAUGGGCUGAAAGGGGAAGGCCUCUGCAAGGAGUGCUUCUGAUCAGGAUUCCAGACAUUGCAUUCCAUUCCCCCUCCUACCACCCAAUUUUCCAAUUUUUACCCUCAGCAGGUAUCUGAGGGUACUCAGUACUCAUCCGGCUGAUUUGGUAGGGAUGGAGGAAUUCCAUCCUGAGGGGUUUUCCCUCCACUAAAGGUUGUUUUUGUUACUUGCCCACAUGAGGUGGGCCCGUUUCCCACCUAAGGACCAGCAAUCAGAGAAACUGAGGUUGCUGUUAGGAUACAUGAUUUCGUAGGCUUUGAUUCUGUUAGAGAAACUACUCCAUAUCCUUUACGGUUCAGACCAAGGCACCACAAACUCAUCCUGGUUCCAUAUUAUUUCUCCUGAUUUCUCAAACAUUUCGGGGAAUUCUCUCCCAUGUAAAAUGUGUUAGGUUGCGAAUCAGCACAUAAGCUGAUUCCUCAUCAUUUACCUCAUGUUAGGAGUUGGGAAUUAUAACCACUUUGCCUAGAAACCUUUGGUAAUUGAAAUGGUAAUAAGUCUUUUGCACUCCCACUUGGAAAAAAAUUAUGAACUUUAAAUCUCAGCAUAUUUUUGCUUAGGAGAAACUUGGCAUUUCUCAGCUCUAUAUAGCCACUCCCAACUGCUGAGUAGUAUUUAUACUUAAUUGCAUUUUUUAAUUAUUUUCUGCUAUUGUUAUUGAUUUGAUUUAUAUCCUGUCCAUUAUCUAAAAAUCCCAGGGCGGUGUACAAAAUUAAGAACAUAAUUUAUGUAGCAUAAUAAUAAAAACAUAAUACAGAGCCUAAUGGUAGAUAGAAGAAGAAGAAGAAGAUAUUAUUUAUUCCCAGCCCAUCUGGUUGAGUUUCACCAGCAACUCUGCACAGCUUCUAACAAAAUAUUAAAAACACAAUAAAACAUCAACAUAAUAAUAAAAUAAUCAUAACAGUCCCCUCCCACGCAUUUAGCAGGCCAUACAUUAUUGAAUGAUCAAGGGCCUGGGUAAAGAGCAAUGUUUUUGCCUAAAUAUGUGUAAUUACGGCACCAGGUGAGCCUCUCUGGGGAGAGAGCAUUCCACAGAUGGGGAGCCACCACAGAAAAGGUCCAUUCUUGUGUCACCAUCCUCCAAACCUCUUGGGGGCGGGGGCACAGAGUAGGGCCUCAGAUGACAAGCGCAGGGCCCAGGUCAGUUUGUAUGGGGAGUCGCAUUCCUUAAGAUAUUGAGGUCCUGAACCUUGUAAGGCUUUAUAGAUCAGCACUGCACUUCGAAUUGGGCCUGGAAAUGAAUUGGCAGCCAGUGCCGAACAGGGCAGUUUGACCUAAUCACACUGAUUGCUGCUUUGCAGGUGCCACCGGGAUUGAAGACCGAUUGCAGGAAGGUGUUCCAGAAACCAUAGAGGCGCUCCGAAAAGCAGGAAUUAAAAUCUGGAUGCUGACUGGCGAUAAAAGCGAGACAGCCAUCAACAUAGCACAUUCCUGUAGAUUACUGGCGCCGAGUGAUUUCAUCUUCAUCCUGCAGUCUGAUCGCCUGGUGCGUGUGGCAUUUGGUUUUUCUGUAGCUGGAACUGUUUGCAUUGCUGUAUGACCGCAGGGCCAGAAAAGACAACAGCAGCUAACUUAUCCACCGGACCUCUUCCGGUUUUUGCUUUGGGUUACCCAAUUCAUCUUGCAGUUGUCUUUCCCAUCUCGCCCCACUGCUGCUGCUCCUCCUUUCCUUUUUGGCCAAUGGCAUCACACUUGUCUGUGCAGUUGGGGUGUUCCCUUCGCUUCUAAAAACUGCAUAUAUAUUUUUAGGAUGACCUUUAUAAAUUCAGUAUUUUAUGUUAAAUGUGAGUGUCUAAGCUGUAAGGCUUUGUACAAUUGUACUCCUGAACAGAAGCAUAAGUGGCAGUUAAUUAUUUAAAUGCAGCCACCAAUUCAUUUGUCCUUCCGCCUUGCGCAGAAAGUUGACACACUGCAAAACGUUGUUAAAAUGCUUCCAAGGGCUAAAUGCUAAACUACACUAGCUCUAUGGAUGUCGGACUAGGAGCUUUGUCUUGGAAAUUGGAACAAGUUCAGUUUUUGGAAGUUGCUCUUUGUCGUAUCUCCCUGCAGCCGUGUUUGAUUACCAUUAAUGUGCUAAGAAUUAUCUCAUUAAAAUGGUAUUACAUGCAGCAUUCCAGAAAGUUAAUCUACUUACAUUUCCUAAUGCAGAAAAAAUCUUGGUGUUUUUGUGUUCUCUCUUAAAAGUAGUCAGUGUUUUCAAAUGGGAAGCCAGUUCCCUUUUACGUGAUGGAAAUAUCUUUAUUCACAUUAUCCAGUACUAAUCCUAGCCAUAACUUGUUAAAGAUUGCUUAAAAAUUGGGACAGAGAAUGCUUUGCCGUAAAAAAAAAGCCAACAGGUUGAAAAGAAUAUUGUAUGAUGGCAGGAAUGGAUAUUUUGUUUGUUAGAAAUUCAGGCCUUUGUUUUGACAGAUGACUCACUUGAAGACUGAUGAACUAAUCACAGUAAAAAUGUUGUCUAGACCAGUGUUUUUCAACCUUUUUUGGGCAAAGGCACACUUGUUUCAUGAAAAAAAUCACGAGGCACACCACCAUUAGAAAAUGUUAAAAAAUGUAACUCUGUGCCUAUAUUGACUAUAUAUAAAGUAAUUCUCUUGAAUAGGAAUCAAAUAAACACAAAGAAAGUAUUUUAUAAUUACUUUAUUAUGAAAUAGUAAGUAAACAGAAAUAUGAAAAAUUAUAAAAUACUUUAUUCAGUGCAAACCUGGGCCUGUUUGGCUGAACACAAAGCUGAUAUUCUGGCUGGAAUCGAAGAAAGACACACACGUAGCUCUUCGUCAACAGCUCUCAGUCUCUCUCUGUAUUUAGUUUUUAUAGCAAUCAUGCUUGAAAAGCUCAUCUCACACAGAUAUGUAGUGGAAAAUGGGAGCAAUGUCAAAAUAGCUUUGUUUGCCAGAAGGGGAACUCCUUGGCAGUAUCCAACCAAAAACUGUCCAAAGGUAGAUCAGCAAAUCUUAGCUUGAAACCACGAUUUUGUCUCAGUUCAGUUAGUUCCUCCUGCUCCUGUAAAGUCAUGUCCUUUCCACCAACUGAUGCUGAGCUAUAAGGGUCCCUAACCCAGUCAAGGCAUUCAGUGGAGACUGAAGAGAAAUAAAAUGACAACUUCUCCGGUCCUCCUGGUGACUCAAGUCGCGACGUCUUCUUCUCUCCGCUGCUGCGCACACUGUGCUCGGGUGGGAAGGAAGUCGGAAGAUGAUGUCCUACUGUGAUAGGUCCAGGCUGGAGUCUGGACCAAUCACAGCCCGGACAUCAGAAAAGUGGAGGGUGUCCCCCUGAGGAGCGCCAAUCGGCGCCCCUGCUGGCCGAGGGUGGGGUCAAAAACCCCAGCCCCCAUACCCAGGACACAGUCCGGCGCCCAUCUAGUGGGCGAAAAUUUGAAUUUUUAUUUUUUAAAAAAUCUUUCGAAUUUUUCAAUUUUUCCCACGGCACACCAGGCAACAUCUCACGGCACACUAGUGUGCCGCGGAACAGUGGUUGAAAAACACUGGUCUAGACAGUGUUAUGUUUCUUUUAAUUGCACAUUCAUAGAAUCAUAGAAUUGUAGAGUUGGAAAGAACUUCAAUAAUGAUCUAGUCCAACCCCCUGCCAUGCAAGAAUCUCAACUAAAGCAUCCAUGGCGGAUGGUUAUAUUUAAUUAUGAUUUUUGGGGAGGAAAGGUCCUUUCAGUUCAAACCCACUGUGUAUUAUUGAGAAAGCAGCAUACAACUUCAUGUACAGCUCCCAUUCAUUUUAGUGAGCCGUGUGUCUAUAAACUCUCAGAAAUUUCCCUUGCACUUCUGCAGAUCCCAUUUAUUUUAGCUGAAUUAUGUAAGAUGAGUUUAUUUUAUUUCUUUAAAUAAAAAAACUAACUACUCACAUGCAUAUGGAUCACGAUUUAAUAAUAUAGCCCCUUCCAUUAAUCAGAUUUAAAAAAAACAUAUUGCAAGAUAUAUCUCUUUCCAGUGUUUCCUUCAGCCAUUGGAUUCCUGCCCCUAGCUAAAUGUAAACUCUGUGUGUGGCUCAUUUCUUAAGCAUUUAACGAACCCUUGCUCACGUGACAGUGAGCUGUUUUGUCUAAGCCAUGGUUUAUUUCAACAGGAGCAAGCCGCAGUGAGCCUCAGAAUUUUAAAUGCAUUCCUGCUGCAGACAUGAAACGAACAGAAACCUUUGUUUCCAUUUUGAUUAACCAUAUUGUUGCUUCAUCUGAACCUGACAAACAGUGUCUUAAAAUAUGUUUGAAACAAGCCAAGUUCAAGGCAUGGGUUCUGAAGUUGGCUCCUUUCCACAAACCAUAGUUAAGGUAGACUAUAGUAUAGGGUUUGGACAUAUUGCAGUUAAUAAAAAAUGGAAGUGAAAGCUUCUGAUCUCAUGGCUGUGAUGGAGAGUCGUUCCUUUGGCUUAUUCCCCCUUCCAUCAUAAACCGGUUUAUGGUAAUAUCCAAACUGGCCCAGAAUCUUUGUGAUGAUGGCUUUCCCUAUCAUGGCCUUGCAGAUCUUUUGCAGAAUUAAAAACGGCGGAUCAUUUUCAUUAAUGAACGCACUCAAGAUACAUCUAUAGCUGACAAGCUGUUAACAGCUAUUGAGAUGUGACUUGUAAAGCGAAGCUUUAAUACGUACUCAAAAGAAUCUGAUCCUAGAUAAAACCUACCAAUGCCCUUGUCCCAAGCAGCAGCAUCAUCAUCAUCAUUUUUAUUCGACCGUCAGUCAGAAAAAAGUACAUUUUGUCCUUUUCCCAAGCAGGAUUCCUGUUCGUUGAAGAUGGACAAGAUUUUGGAAGACAUCAAGUGGAAAGAAAGCUAUGAGGCAAACCAUUUGAGAAUCCCAACCUCAUCGGUUGCUCAAAUUCCACAUUUCACUGCUGCCCUAGUUAUAGAUGGAGCAACAUUAGAAUUUGCCUUGCACGACAGUGUGGCGAGCAAGUUCCUGCAGCUCACAACACGUGUACGGGCUGUCAUCUGCUGCCGAGCCACCCCUCUGCAGAAGAGCCGAGUGGUGGAAAAGAUCCGAAAGGAACUGAAGGUGAUGACAUUGGCUGUAGGUGAGUCAUCUCUCUCUUGCAAGGGAGCAGCAUAUAUGCUAUACAGCAUCACCUUUUAUUUCCCUGUAAAGCAGGGAUGGGGGAUAUCUGAUCUCCAUCAUCCCUGACCACUGGCCAUGCUGGCUGGGGUUGAAAUGAGUUGUAAUCCAGCAACAGCUGGAGGACCACAGGAUCCCCACAUCUGCAUUAAAGGUACGUUCCUUAGAUUUUCCUUGGGAUAACUAUUGACACAAACCAGAGCAGACCAGCAGGCAAAUGGCAGAACGUGGCUGUAGAAUCCCAACUGGGAUCUGCUAGUUGAAAAGCCCUGCUGCUCCAUAGAUACAGACAGCCAGCCAGACAGUCUGUCUGAUGUAACAACUGCAUCAGCCAGGCAUUUUCACUCUAGUUGCCUCCUUCCGAUUGCAGUAAGCAGGGAAGCUUGCUCUAUGUACGUCAGAAUAUUUUCAACACUCUCAUUCAGAAUAACAAUUUCAAGGUGACUUUAUAUGUUAUGUGAAAACACCACAGUGGGACUUCCUCUGUCCAAACUCUUGGGAUUAUUUGCAACCGGGGAGCGGGGGGUUAGCAUGCAUUUCUGGCGACCACAUAACCUUUCUCCUGCAGCCCAUGUUCUACAUAUUUGGGAGAUAGGUGAAAAGGAGAAUCAUGACUCACCUCCAUAUAAAGUUCACUUGUUUGUUCAAAAUAUUUUUGGCCCGCCUUCCCAUUAUAAAAGCACCCACGGGACCUAAUUAUAGCAGCAGAACAUCCGUCCCAUAACACUAGAAUUUGUAGACACAGUGAUGCUGAAUGUUGGAAGAUUCAGAACAAAAGAAAAGUACUUUGUCACACAACACACAGAUAAUUCCACAGCUAACUCCCACAAGAGGCAGCGAUGGCUUCCAGUGUGGAUGCUUUAAAAGAGGAUUGGACAAAUUCAUGGAAGAUAAGGUUGUUCAUGGCUGCUAAUCCUGAUGGAUGCGUUCUGAUAGAUUAAGAUAGAUUAGAUGGGCUACUUGUCUGAUCCAGCAGGCUCAUAUCUCAAAAGUGCUCAUGGAAACAGCUUUACCUGGCACCAAAACACGAAUAGCAUUGGUGCCUGUUUUCCUUUGCCCGGGGAGCGCAUUCACAAAUUAGAUGCUAUCACACAGAAGGCCAACAAUAUGUGAUGCUGUCGUCAUUCCCCAUCUGUGCAGGGUAGUAAUGCAACCAACAAGCCUCUGAGGUAGAUCAUGAGCUGUGUUGGCAAUAUAGUUUUAUUGCACGUUUCAAAAAAUAGUAAUUCGUUUAUAAGGUUUCUUUACAUCAGAUACACUAAUUUCAUAUGAUAAAAACAUUUAUCACAAUACCCAACAUAUCUAGAUCCAGGUAUAAUGCAAACUUAGAAUUGCUCUCUAGAUAAAUAGCCACAUAAACUAUCAAUAAAUAUUGCAUAUUUUAUAAAUCUACUCUCCUAAAAUUCUCAUUAUUUCAUUAGAUAUGCCAACAUGAACUCCCCCUAUCUUCAUGUUGCACUUUAUAGAGUCCUUUUUAUAAUGCCUAUAACUUGACAAUAAUUCUAAAACCAUUGAACAAACUAGACAUAAAUUUGCAUUUGACGUGCAGCAGUAGGGAAGGAAAAGCUUCAUUUCCUCUUUUGAUGUCUGCAGUGAUAAUUACCAGCUCUCCCAGCUGAUGACAUUUGCACUUGUAUUUAACAUCGCAUCUUGUGAGGCCAUGAAAUUUCAAUCUAUUUUUCUCUUUCGUCAAGUCUGUGUGCAGUGCAUUAGCGCGCCCCCGCCCAAACCAGUUUCAUUGCAACAUUGUUCUUUUCCUUCUCCUGGAAGGUGAUGGUGCCAACGAUGUUAGUAUGAUCCAAGUUGCUGAUGUUGGAAUUGGAAUCGCUGGCCAAGAAGGCAUGCAGGUAGGACGGAUUGAGAGAACUGUAAAUGGAAGCAGUAUUGCGUAUAGAUUGAUGACUGUGAGAGCCAUAACACUUAUUGGUAGCAGAAUACCGUAUUUUUUGCUCUAUAAGACUCACUUUUCCCCUCCUAAAAAGCAAGGGGAAAUGUAUGUGCGUCUUAUGGAGCAAAUGCAGGCUGCGCAGCUAGCCCAGAAGCCAGAACAGCAAAAGGGAUUGCUGCUUUCACUGCGCAGCAAUCCCUCUUGCUGUUCUGGCUUCUGAGAUUCAGAAUAUUUUUUUUCUUGUUUUCCUCCUCCAAAAACUAGGUUCGUCUAGUGGUCUGGUGCGUCUUAUAGAGCAAAAAAUACGGUAUAUUGUUAGUGGAAUCAAAAGCUGAAUACCCCAAACCCUAGAAUUUGCAAGAGGUCUUUGUCAAAAGAGCUGAUCUAUUAGAAAUACAAGUACUAUGGUGUUGUAGGGAACCUGUGGGACAGUGCGUCUUGGCUGUUAACCAGAACCUUGGUGGUUCAUGCCCACUCAGGGAUGUCUGCGGACAGAAUUCCUGCAUUGCAGGGGGUUGGAUGACCCUCAUGGUUUCUUCCAGCUCUACAAUUCUAUUAUACUAUUGCAAAGGCCUUAAGAGCCAUAUUUACACUGUAUUAGGUUCUAAUAUGGACAUACGUUCCUAAGAAAUCAGAUUAUAUACCAGGAGAAUGUUCCUUGAAAUCAGAGGACCUAGGAAUUUGUACAACCAUGGGCAUCUUCGUGGAGCAUGUUUGAAGCAGUUUCAGGUAGAUAUCUGAAGAGGUUUGAAGAGGAUUCAUUCAGGUGGCUUUAGUUGUCACAGAAGUCAUUCAUGGGAACAGUGUAAUAAUUUAUGAGUUGGUAGUGCAAAGAUCAACAACUUCCUUGAUUCGUGAGGAACUAAAAUAUGUCCUCAUGUUAAGAGGGUGGAUUAGUUGGCAUAUAAGAGACUGCUCAAUAAAUGAUGAUUGACGAGUGUGGGUCCGAAUCAAGGGAAAGAGAGGAUGAGUGGAGGAUGAGUUAGAAAGGGAGAGAAGUAUAACAGUAUACACAACACCAUGACUUCUACAAGGAAACCUUUGUGGAGACAUAUAUUUGUAUUUUUGGCCAAUGGGACUUGUGCAGUCAGCUUCAGUGGGAUGCAGGAGUGGUCAAUGAAAGUUCCUGACUUCAUUUUGUAGCUAUUUUCUCGGUGGCUGUAUUUCAUUUAUUUCAUGUUUGUUUUCAGGCUGUGCUGGCGAGUGAUUUUGCGCUUUCUCAGUUCAGACAUCUCAGCAAGCUGCUGUUCGUACACGGCCACUGGUGUUACACACGAUUAGCGAACAUGAUCCUUUACUUUUUUUACAAGAAUUUGGUAUGUAGCUUCCGGGGAUGCCUCAAUGGGUUUGACCUUGCGGAAGGACAGUUUCUUAAUGAUUAGAAACAGGCGAAGGACGCUAGUAAAUUCUGUACUCUGAAUCUACAGCAGCAGAAAUGGGAGUCUGCCCACCCGCCUUGGGUUAAGGGUCACUGCUCCAGUGGCAUUUAUAAUAAAUUUAAAUACGGUCUAUGCCAAAAAGCUGUCUGUUAGCACUAAGAAGAUUGUGACAAGUUGGCUCCACUAUUGAAACCUGCAAAUUAUCAAAGGAUUAUUUUACGCCGUUUCUGCCUGGGGAAGCGUGUCCGAAGCAGACAGGCCUUGCCAGUUUCGAUGUUGAGCGUGGACUUUGAGGUUUACUUCUGAGCAGUAAGAACUCAAAAUGAGUUCAUUAUGUUACAGAGUUAAGACAGAGGCAAGCAGUAACCACAUGGUAACUCCUGUAAAGCUCAGCUGCUUUGCCACUCACUUAAGAAAUUUCCCCCCUUGCAGCUCUAACCACUGGAGAGCUAAUAAUCUGUAACCUCUGACCAUGGAAUAAAGUAAGCAUUACUAAAUAUUGGUAACUAUUUGAAAUUCUGGGAAAGCAGGAAUCACUUUUAGCACUCAGCUUAACAAGGCUAGAGGCUACAGCCAGCCCUCUCUCCAGGCAGUUCGUAACAGUGGUGUCUUACUAUCUUCACGCUGGUAGUCAACAUUUUCACCAAAUUAUCUUAAGUGUUUGGUGCUGAGAAAAUGCAGUAUUUGCAAUCCUGAGCCCUUAGUACCAUUUCUAGGACAACAGAUUCGUAUCAUUGGCAUUCAGCAUUUCUGUAGCCAACUAUAAGAACCAUUUGACAUUGCAGUUCUUUCCCGCAAAGGGGCAGAACUGUACAUCAGUAGUGGAGCAAGGAAAAGGUUCCAGGUUAAUCCAGGUAGGGUGGAAAACUCCAAAACUCUGAAGAGCUUCUGCCAGUCAGUGUAGACAAAAGUGAGAUAGACAGACCAAUAGUCUGACUCAGUAUAUAUAAUUCCUGUUGGCUCUUGUUUAUAGAUUCUCACCUUUUAAUUCCCACCUCUGUUCCUAACAGGCGUAUGUGAACCUCCUGUUCUGGUUCCAGUUCUUCUGUGGGUUUUCAGGAACACCCAUGACCGACUACUGGAGUUUGAUUUUCUUCAAUCUGCUCUUCACAUCAGUACCACCUGUCAUUUAUGGUGUUUUGGACAAAGAUGUCUCCGCAGAAGUCCUGUUGCACUUGCCAGAACUUUACAAGGCUAGUCAGAGAAAUGAGGUAUUUCUUGGCUUCUUACAAAUAUUUGAAAGCUGAAGUGACUCACAUGUUCUCUGUUGUGCAUUCCUUACCAGUUAAACGUGAACAUUCCCUCCUGUUAAAUAAUCUGGUGGAGAUGAAAGGCAUUAUUCUUCACUGGCUUUACAGCCAAUGAAUGUAGGUGGCCUUAGGAGGGCAACAUAGUUUAUACACAAACAGUUAUUUGAUGGAUGCCCUGUUACCAUUUUCUACCAUGUAGACUGCUGUUGCUUAUUUGUGUUUCUCCAGCAUGGCGAGGAAGGCCUCAUCAGAAAUGUGGGAAUAUUGUGCGCUGUGUGCUAGACAUGCAUGCUAUCAAAGUCAAGCUGAAACUCUCUAGGAGGGGUUUCAGAUUAGAUUGCUGUACUGUCUCACCAGCCUGAGAUGGGGCCCCCCCUGCAGCUCUGACAAUGAGUAUCUCUGGUUGGUUGGUUUGCUGAAAAUACAACAGAUUUUUUUAUUGAACCAAUUUUUGUUCAAAGAGGUUCAAAUACUUCCUGCCUGACCAUGGUAUUUGUGGUAAUUUAAAAGCUGCAUUUUUAUAUACCGAGAAGUGUUAGUCUUAUAACUAGGCUCACCUCCUCCCUUUAAUCUCUCAUUUGUGACUUGGGCAUAUUGCAGACUAGCUCCGGCUCUCUCACUGAAGGUUGAGACCUGGAUCUUGGAAGGUGAUACUGUAUGUGUGAGCUUUUGGAAGCUCAGUAAGGCUUUCAGGCUUCCAAACAUGCAGACAAGGCAAAAUGAUAAGAAUCUGUAUCUUCCCAAACUAUGAGUAGAAUUCAAAAUAACCCUCUUCUGGGGGUUCUCCUGAACCCCCUUAACCCAAUUUAAGAGGGGGGGGGGAAGACCCAUUGCAGAAGUGCUUGUGUGGGGCUCAUUAGGUGAAUCCCACCCUCAAUAAGUGUUUCUCCUGUCUUUCCUUUUCAGCCAUACCUGUUUACAACCUUCAUAAUGAACUUAUUAGAUGCUUUUUACCAAAGUCUAGUUUGCUUUUUUAUCCCUUACUGGGUAAGUGUUAGGAUAUUUUACUCCUUUGUCUCUAUCUUUUAUUUGCCUUUUUAUUUGCAUGAUCUUUAAACUUCCUCCAUAUUCAAAAAACAGUAGGCUUACAGUACUCAUGAUCUGGAAUACAAGCACAGAGGACUUCCGGUGGGUGGGUGGGGCAUGGCAGAUUGAAUCUCUGUUGUCAGCAGUCCACGGAAAUAAUUCCAUGAUAAUUGAUGACAGCCAGGAGUAAGCUUCGACUGUCAAAUUCACCCUGGGAAAAAAGUGAAUAGGGAUCCAACCUCUGAUGUGCUGAAAAAGCUGUUUUCUAUGUCAAGAGACCGAGAAGCUGUCAGCUCCUGGGAGCUCUGGUGGGGUUAAGCGACUUAAGAACCAAGGAGUCUACAUCUUGCCCAAAAGCCACAUAAGAGCCCUGAUGUGCAUGUGAUCUGCAAAAGCCUCUCUUUCUUAAUUAUUUCUCGAAAUUUAUAAUUUAUAACUCAGAGAAAUUUAUCCAUCAGCCAGUGGAAAUUUACAUUUGAUGCAUGAGCUGCUUUUUGGCUUCAAGUAGAAGGGAAGAGUAGUCAAUUGUUAAAGGGCUGAAGGCAGAACCAAAAGCUUGUUUUAAUGGCUUGAGAAAAGAAAUUUGCAAAUGAAUGAGACACUUGUGUGUGUCAAUAAUUUUUAUUUCAUGUUGUUUAUUUUUGUUUUCUCGAUGAAAAUGUUGCUUAGAAAUCAAAAGUAAAUGUGCCACUUGAUACUUCCUCCACGGGAAAGGAUUAUCUAUUCUAAUAAGAGAUAUGGCUGUGAAGAUCUUAAGGUGGAGACAGGAGAUGUAAUGAGACUGAAUUGUUAAUAAGAUCAUGAAAAUUCAGUCUGGCAAAUAUACCUCUAUUUGGGCAUUCCACUGACUGUUGGCAUCUUUCAGCAAAUGUUUGACGAGCAAAUAAAAUUGACUAAAGUUCCAUUGGGGUCUAAUCCAGUGGGGAAUGAAAGUAAACCAGGAAUGAAUGAAAUGAAAGGCAGAAUCAGAGACGAUACAGAGACUUUGGAGAAGAAUAUGGAUAAAGGACUGGCAGAAUCAGAGUGUGAAAUGGUAGAGUUGGAGGGAAUAGAUGGUGCAUUUGAAAAGUCAUUUACACAAGUGUUUGGAGGAAUAAAACAGCCAUAUGGUGUUGUGAUUCUGGAGGAGUAGAAUGAAAUCAUGGAUGGAGACAUGGACAGACAUCUGGAUCUGGCAGAGAAAGGGCUCUGUGUACAACUUGGAGUGAACUCAGAGGGGAAAGGUACUCUGGUACUUUCCUUGGGAAAAGAAUAGAAAAAAUGUAAAUGGAAGAGGUAAUUUUUUUUUAGGAUGGAACACAACAGGAAAUGGGAACUGAGGAUACAGAACUGGGUGCGAAUUAAUGGAUACGUAACAAGAAAAGAACUAUGGAAUAAUUUCUCAAUAUAUGAUCACCGUGGAGAGACUCGUACAUAGACAAAGAUAGAAAGAUUUAUUAUUGUUUAAGACCAAGUGGAAGUUGUGGUUGUGGAAGACCAAGUGGUUAUGUUUGAUUGGAGAAAAAUCAUUACACAUAUUUAUUAACAAUAGAGAAUUUGAACUUCUUGUGUGAAAAGAAAAACGAACGGAUUUCACACAUUUGAGUCUGAAGAUUGGGAAAAUUUUAACAGAAAGCAGAACAGUUGGAUGUCAUGCUAGGGCAAAUGUUACGAAACUUAUUUUUCUUUAAUGUAGUGGGCAGAUGUAAAAUCAGGAGUCCUUUUAUUUAUUUUUCAUUCUUCUUUUCUUUCUCUCUUUUUCUUUCUUUUUUCCCCCCUUUUGUGUCCUCUGCUCUGAGCCAUUAUUGGGGUCCAAGGAUUACACACACACGAAGGUGGUGUGUGGUUUGUGGCAGGACCCUGAGUGAGAGGCAGGGAAGUGAAGAUCUCCCAGGCUGAAAGACUGGGAGAAGAAAGGAAAGCUCCCAGGUGAGAGCUGGGAAGGUCCAUCAUUUUCUGUUGGUGACAAGGAUUAAGAGCUACAUUUAAGAGAAAGACUCUGUGUUUUCUUUUCUCUUUCCUUCUUUGUUUUUGUUAUUUAGAUUAGUUUCUUUUAUCUUAUUGUCUCAUGAAAAAGCUUUAAAGAAAUCUUAAGGAAAAAAGGGGGAAUACAAUCACAGAGUACAUAAACUUUAAAUAAUUGUUCCUUUGCAGACCUACAGUGGCUCUGAUAUAGACCUCUAUUCUUUCGGGAGUCCUAUUAACACCUCCAUGUUUUUUACAAUAUUAUUACACCUUGUGAUUGAAAGCAAAUCUUUGGUGAGUACGUUGUUCAUUCUAAGGUUCACUUUGCAAAUUGCUCUUGGACAGGGUCAAGUUAACAUUUAUCAUCUCGUCACAUGGUGGAUGUUGAUGCUUAAAUGUGCCCGCACAAAGUGUGGGAUGGUAUUUGCAGCACCACAGCAGUCUUCAGUAGUUGAUGAGAUAGAUAUGCAUUCACACGGUUAGAAUGGAUAUCAUUUGACAUGUUAAAUGGACACGAUAAAAAUCAUCUUAGAAUGAUGUUGCCAUGUCCAAAACUAACGUGAGAAUCGGGCCAAUUCUUACCAAAAGUGUUUUCCUUCCUUUAUGCCAGUAUUGAAGACAUGAGCUAUCUUGCACCUCACCCCAUAGGGUCCAUUCUUUAACAUUUGUGGGUGAGUUCCCUUCAGGGUGAAAGCUGAACACAAUCAGUUUGGGUAGUUAGUUCCAGGCGAGGAAGAGGCCUUCACUUCCUUUCACAAAAUGUGAAGCAAAGCUCCUGCAGGAACCUUGGUGGGAGAAGAGUUUGAAGGGAAAAGUUUCCACUCUCCAUGUUUCUCUCUAAAUUUACAGUGGUAGCUCGGGUUACAUUUGCUUCAGGUUACAUACGCUUCAGGUUACACACUCCGCUAACCCAGAAAUAAUGCUUCAGGUUAAGAACUUUGCUUCAGGAUGAGAACAGAAAUCGUGCUCCGGCGGCGCAGUAGCAGCAGGAGGCCCCAUUAGCUAAAGUGGUGCUUCAGGUUAAGAACAGUUUCAGGUUAAGAACGGACCUCCAGAACGAAUUAAGUACUUAACCCGAGGUACCACUGUGUUGGAUACAGAGUAUUCACACCCCCACCCCCACGGUGAAGUCUUAUCUUGCCCAACAUCUCAUCCCUCUGCCUCCCAGUUCUUUUGAGCAGAACCUGUGAACAGCCCCUGAGAAAAAGGAAGAGAGAGGGAGGCAGGGAACUAAUUGCUAAUUUACUCCUCAGAAGCCAGCUUGUGCCAUCUGCAAGUUCCUCCCCUGAACCAUAUUCCUACCUUUAGAGCAAGUGUGGGGAAUCUUUGGCCCUUCAGAUGUUGCUACAGCUUACAUCAGCCUCUGCAAAAAUGUCCAGGGAUGAUGGGAGUUGUUGUAGUUCAGCAAGAGUGUCAGAGGUUUCCCACCCAGACCUGCUUUAGAGAGUAUUAGUAAUGAUGUCAUAACAAGGGCACUGCUUUUUGUAACAGAAAUUCUUCCCAAAUUAACUAAAAUUAUUGUUUUUAAAUGGCAGCAUUGGAUAGAGGCAGAAACUGGGGUGGCUUAAUAGCUGCCUCUUAUUACUGCAGAAAAGGAGACUGAACACUGAGAAGGGAGGAGGUAGCAAGGAUUAUUUUCCUGCCAGGGCAAGCAGGGGAUAUGACUUUCCAGACUGCCCUUUCUAGGAAUUUAAAGGGAAACGCCCUGUGUUGUAACCCUUUGCUUACCUGAAAUUUUGGGGAGGCUGCAAGAUUAUUUCCCACAUUAAUAAGCCUGCUGAAGUUCUUUCUAGUGCUUCUCUUUCAGACCUUUCCCCCUUGUGAAUCCCAACACAGUGAGGUAGGGUUAAGAAGGAAGUAAUCCCAGUGGGUGAAGAAGAGGGGAACCACCUUGGAACAUCCUCGGCCUCCCUUGAUUUAAGGGUGCUGCUGGGCAAGGCUGUGGCAAAGGGCUAUGGCAUUUCCUGGGUCUUGGCCAGCCAGCCAGCCAGCACUAUGAAGAAAAGGCCAAUGAAUGACUUCAGUGCCUUCUGUCCUCAGACCUGGGCAGCCACAGAAGAGCAAUGAAACCACCCUUUCUGUCUUAGCAGAGAAUGAGCUGCCAAUAAUAAUAAUAAUAAUAAUAAUAAUAAUAAUAAUUUAUUUAUACCCUGCCCAUCUGGCUGGGUUUCCCCAGCCACUUUGGGCGGCUUCCAACAGAACAUUAAAAUACAAUAAUCUAAUAAACAUUAAAAGCUUCCCUAAACAGGGCUGCCUUCAGAUGUCUUCUAUAAGUCUGGUAGUUGCUUUUCUCUUUGACAUCUGGUGGGAGGGCGUUCCACAGGGCGGGUGCCACUACCGAGAAGGCCCUCUGCCUGGUUCCCUGUAACAUGGCUUCUCGCAACGAGGGAACCGCCAGAAGGCCCUCGGCGCUGGACCUCAGUGAGCAGCAUGCCUCCCCCACCCCGUUGGGCCUGGCCAUGUAACAAGUGGGAACUUUGAUGGGUACUAUAUGGGACCUUCCUCAAAUCAGAAGAAGCUGCUUGCAGCCUUUGUUCACAUUAAGCCCAUCCACCCAUGGCUACUUGGAAAUCUGGAGAAGCAAAGGGGGGUUAGCCCUCAGCUUAACUGCAUGGGUGGAGUCUUCAGACAACUGCUUCCCCAGUUAACAGGUGCCACACAGUGACCUUUCAAGCAGCUGCCCUGCAGCACAGUUACAUGAGCCCACCCUUAAACAUUAGGGGCUAAGAACCAUGGAAACAAUGCUAGUUUGGAAUGGUGAAUGAAUAUGUGAUUCUCUGAGCUCGUACCGCUGCCUUUCAGUUCUUCAGAAAUGGAAGCAGAUUCUGUCUCACUCAGUUUGUCCUUCUGUGGUGUGUGUUGUUGUUUUUUAAUUUCAGAAUGUGGCACACUUCUCUGUUCUAGCUGGUAGCGUCUUCCUGUUCUUCAGCAUUAUUGGGACCUUUGGAGCUACCUGCAUCCUCUGCAACCCACCAGCCAAUCCAUAUUGGAUAAUUCAGAAACAUUUGUCUACUCCAAGGUUUUAUCUGGUGUGCAUACUUGCGACUAUUUUGGCUCUUCUUCCAAGGUAUUUUAUUGGUUUGGGACCAAGCACUGUGGUGUAGAUAGAAAUUCAAUGUUCAUGCUGUGAUUCUUCUGUCACAUGUGACAGAGCAACAAACCUGUACGUAAAGUCAGUAGGGAACUGCAGCUAAUUCUGUCCAUCUGCUGAAUAUGAUACAAACACAUGUAACAUUCACGCUUUACAUUUUUACUUGUUCACUUCAAAAAAAAAAACUUAGCAGUACUAAAGAUUUAUUGACCAUUGUAGAAAAGCUAUGCUGAAUCAAGCAAAAAGAGGUCACUCUUCACUUUAGGUCUAAGUCUCAUUGGGGUGGUAAACACGUGGUCUGGACUGUACCACUUCAGACUCCAAGUGGGUGCUCACAUAAUUGAAUUAUCCCAACCUGACCUCCCCAAAAUCAUUCCAUAAAGAAAAGUAGAUGUUAAGAAUAGUUCUAGCCCAUCAAGCCUUUUGAUAGGCUUGUUUUCCCCCCUUGGGGAAACAUUCUGCUGCAUGACAUCCACUUGUAGGCUAAGUGGUACUACCCAGACAUUUUAUCACCUCAAUGGGAAAUAGGUUAGUGUCUCCAAUACAGAAUACCCUGGACUCUGGAAUUAUUGGCCAAAAUAUCCAGGGUAAUAAAUUACAGCACUUUCCCAUCAAAUUUUUAGUAUCUUCGUAGUUUGGAUUCUAAGAACUAAAUUUUAUAAAGGGACCACACCCACACACCCACACCCACUUUUUUCAAGUUUCUGGUCAAAAUGGUUGAAUAGUGUGUAACAUUAGUUCAGACAUCUCCUUAAAAGCUGAAUAUUGAGUUCAGGGCAGUUUCAGUCAAUAUCCAGAUUUUGCCACCUUGGGCUCUGAACACUUAAGUCAGGAGGAGUUUGGGGGUAAUUGGGAUUUUGUCCUGCUGGUUUUCUAUUAGAUUACAUUUGUAUCCCGCAGUUCCUCUAAAGAACUUGAAGAAGUGAUCUAUUGUCAUAGCAAGUCUGUGAGGCAGGGGAGGUGGCUAAAUGCCACUGUUGAGAUGCAUAGCUGAUUUGAGGUUUGAACACGGGCUGCACCAUGCCCAAGGCCACUGUAACAGCACAGUGCCAUUGUAACCAGGGUUGCCAUAUGCCCGGAAUUUCCAGGGCAUAUCCAGAAUACUGUGGCUGGAAGCAGUGUCCAGGCAGAAAUUGCUGAAACGUCCAGGAAAAUCCGAAUGUAUGGCAGCCCACACCGGCAGUGUCAUUUUUGGUGAUUUCCCUUAAAAAUAGCUCAAUAACAUCCGAAAAAGCUCAACAACCUUUCUGAAAUAUGGCAACCCUAUUGUAACACCAUAGGAUCUCAUGUGUUGCUGUUGCCAACAUGAGCUUUUUUUUGGCUAGAGUUAGAACAGGCACCCCCAAUCUGCAGCCCUCCAGAUGUUUUGGCCUACAACUCCCAUGAUCCCUAGCUAGCAGGACCAGUGGUCAGAGAUGAUGGGACUUGUAGUCCAAAACAUCUGGAAGGCCGAAGGUUGGGGAUGCCUGAGUUAGAAUAUAAACUUUGCCUACAUCUAUAAUCCUUAAACCAUUCUCCAACAUUCAGUUUGGCAUUGGUUUCAGUAUGAUACAUUUGUUAGGACAAACUUAAGUAAUUCUUUUUGGUAACCCAAAUCCUUUCCGUAAUUGGUUGAGAUAAAGGUGGGAGGGAGGGAAGGAGCCUUAUUACCACCUGGUUAAUAACAGCACACUGUUGAGAAGAAUGCCUUUUCACAGGACGCCCUUUGCCUCAAACCAAUUUAAAUCCAUGCCUACACCGCUUAUUUGAAUCCUUCCUUAUACUGUAGGUAUUUGUUCAGGGUGAUCCAGGCCACAGCAUUUCCAACUCCACUGCUAAAGGCCAAGAACUUGGAAGGUCGGGUCCUUACAGGACGGAAGAGUCUGCUGCGCAGUGCAAGUGUAGCCCCAUCGUGAGGGGUAGAAUUGAUCACCAAGGGACAAAUGGGGAUUCUGGGUCUGCUAAUUCUGAAGACUCAGCAAAAGAAAACAACAUCAAGUGUUGUGGUUUGUUGCUGUUGCCAAUACAGCUAGUGCCGUUUUGUAAUAAUGUUGGAGACAGUCUGAACAGGCACCAAGGCACAUCUGAAAAUGGCGGCAGGCUGAGUUGUGAGGGCACUGAAAUGUUUAAGCCCCUCAAAGGAAUUCUAUUCCAUCACAUAUGGAGCUAGUGAUUCUUAAGUUGGAGGGUUAGACUUUACUUCUGAAGAGGACCACACUGAUAUUUCUCUCGUGAAUAAGGCUGAUUCGGAUUCUGCCUAGGGCAUAUAGGAGGGUUUAAAACACUCUGCCAAAAAUAGAGUGUUAUUUAUGCUUUAAUGUCCAAAAGAGGAAGGGUGGUACAUUUAAAUGAUCUUUCUCACAUGACUUUUCUUCUUUUUAUAUGAAAUUCAGCCACCACCCACUGCUUGUGCUUUUUUUUAUAGACAAAAAAGUACUUAGAAUAAUUUGUUCAAGAUAUAAGCAAACAAAGAAAUGCUGCCCCUUGUUCCACGAUGGAUAAAUCAUUUCAUAUGAGCCUUGAUAGCAUGGGAAGAGAUAUUUAAGCCUGGCCAGGCAAGGAGGUUUUGGGAUUACUGAAUUUUGACUUUAUUCUUUCUACUGUUAUUAUAAUGUUUGGUUCUGGGGCAGUCAGUGUUAGAGCAGCUUUGUCUAACAAGAUGCACAGUAGUUCCCUCUGAAAACAGCUGUGCAAAACCUAAAUCACUUUCAUAAUAAAACAGUAUUCAUGGAAGCAAGAUUCAUAGAUGAUAGGAGCCACUUCUCUGGAGAAUAAACUAGCUGAGGAUGCAGGAAAGACAUUUCUACACAAGCACAGCAUUUUUGUAUAUAUGAUGAUUAUGUGAAUGUGAGAAACUGUCUGCGCUUUUAUUUCCUUAUGGAAGGAAUACUGUUAAAUUUGUUCUUUUAGAAAUGAAUAUUUGUACUGUAAACGGUGUGUGGUACGGCUCCUCCUUUCUUUCCCUCUGCAAACAGAUUGCUGUUUUCAGAUAACAGACUUUUCACUACGCUUGCUUAAAAGAAUGUUCCAUAAAAAACUGAUGUUAAAAUGUUUAGGAUUUGGGGGUGGGGUGAUUCUGUUGGUUCAGUACUCUGCUAGGGACACAGCUAAACUGAACAUAUUCUGAAUUAAUUUACCAAGGUUCUGAGGAAAUCCCCGAGAGGAUGAAAGCACUGCAUAGGUAAUCAAAAAUACUUCUAAACAAGAUUUACUGCACAAAUUUCCUUAAGACCUUUCUGCAUCAUAUCCUGUAUGUUAAGAGAAAGACCUUCCAUUUAGUCCACAUGUGAACCAUUCUGGCACAGCUUUACCUAUAACUCAGACCUUUUGGGGAGGGUAGCCUGAUUUUAACUAUAAUUGCUGUUAUCUGCAGCUGUACCCACUUAGCAUUCCCCAUCAGAGUUAAAAUACUGGUUUCUUCCAGCUGGCAUUCAAGAUUGCCUUGCCAUAACAAAUAGUAAUCUCUAUUCAAUAUGCGACUGUAUUUUGCAGGAUAAUGACUCCAGGUUAUCAUGACCUGAUUUUGUGUCACUGUGUCCAGUUGAAACAUGCUCUUUCUGCUAUGCUCUCCACAAUGCAUGUGGAAAUAUAUAAACACCAAAUAUUGAAAGUAUUGGUUUCUAAUCAUGUGUCACAAUUUUUAAGGUAGGGGGUAGGAACUUUUUGGCCCUAUGGGCCAGAUCUUUAUCUCCUGCCCACUUCCCCUUGCCAGCUUCGGCACGCAGGUGGGCCCUGUCAAUCAUCUGAUGCCAUAGUGGCAUGUGAUUGACACCUGCCACAGCCCAGCACUACAUGCUCAACUAUCAGUUGAGUGUCAAAAGGCCCUUUUCAGCCAAGUCCUGCCCUUAGCUGCUGUGUAAGACUGGUGCAUGUGCCUUGGCCAAAGUGACUUUGCUGACCCAAUGGGGAGGCCAGAUUUGGCCUGCAGGACAAGAGGUUCCCAAUUCCUGUUUUAUUUACAGUGCACGACAUGGAAUAAGUCCCAUGGGAUUCAGUCCAACCUAUUUUUGAGUAACCACACAAAGCACUGCACUGCAUCCUUCCAUGCUGCUGGUGCCCCUCUUGUCUAACAGCAGUGGAAGAUGCCUGCCUCAAGGGCAUCUUUCCAUUCUUGGAAGGAGAAGUGAGUGCCAGUUCCCUGGCUUAAGCUCUAGAACAGGGGUCGGCAUCAUAAGACCCAUGGGCCACAAGCGGCGCAUGGGGGUCGUUUAACCAGCCCAUGGACCCCCACUGCCCGCUCGGGGACCGCCUUCCGCGACACUGGCUGGCUUCCCAUUGGCUGCAGGAAGCGCCUGCUGCCAACAGGAAGCUGCGCAUGCCUAUUCUGCGCCGGAAUUAGCGUUUGCGCAUGCGUGCGCACACACUCCGGCCCACCGCAGCGUCUGCUGGACCGUGAACAGGUCCAAGCCACAAAAACUUUGCCGACCCCUGCUCUAGAAGUUUCUGAACCCAGAUGCAGAUCCUGUAAUUGUGACUGCACAGACCACCAUUCAAAAGACACAAGUAUGCAAUCUAUUUUAAGUCAUGGAGCCUGAAUCAUAUGAUUACUUCAUACAUGAGCACCAUUCAUCAUUCACCACUGGCAAAAGAAGGAAGCGUGUACUUGAUUUGGGCAACCCUUCUACAUGCUACUCAAGCAACAAACAAACUGGUCACAGUUUUUUAAGCUGAUAAUGUGCUUUUGGAUUAACCUGAACUGGAGCCAAGUCCUGCUUUCCUAGAUGUGCCAAUCUUAUUUUUUUAUAUUCCAUUUAUCUUGCUGGACCGCACAUGCUAAAGAAGAAUGCAUCAACCCCUUUACCAUUUUCUGUUCCUUUUUAGUGGAAAAAUAACAACAAAAGAGGGACCUGGGCGGGGGGGGGGGAGCCAGAUGUUUUCUAUAAAACAAAUUAUAGGAACAAAAUCCAGUAUUGUAUUGUUAUCCAAGUCCACAGUGGGAGCUUGAUUUGGGGAAUUUAGCACGCCUUCUUGGGGAGGGAGGGAGAAUUGCCUGUUUUUGAAAGUUUAAUGUUGCCUGUUUGAGCCAUACAGAAACUGCAGCCGCUGACAAUAAAUCGCUAAACAUUGAGCUCCA